AUGGCGACGGAUUGUGACUGUGGUGUGUUUGUAAAUGUUACUGUUCCUCUUACGGCUGCAGAACUAUCAGAGAGUCCACGUCAAAUUUCAGUAAAGUAUAUGAAAUGAAAUGAAAUGAAAUGAAGAGUGCAUUUGGGCUGUUCCAAAAGUCUGUGAUAAAACUACUUUAUUUGUGCUGCUCUUUUUUGUUUCAAUUUUAAUAAGAUAAUGCUUUGAUUUAUAACUAUGAUAAGGAAUUGAGACUGAAAUUUGUUUCAUGUUGUUGGAAUUAGAAGAUACUCCCUUUUUGAUGUGUGACGACAGAGGCCACUAGAGGGACCCUAAUCCAACCUCUUACUCCGUCAUCCAAUGCAGUCUACUUGUAGAUGUGGGCACAGUAAAAGAUGGUGAGAGAGUAUCUUGCAGAGGAUAUCACUGUAGAAGUAACCACCAUUAUAUUAACAAUAAAAUGAAAGGCAGUUUUCACAGCUGUUUUGAGAUAACAUCGAUUCACUUUUCUGUGAUUUUGGCCUUCACUCGUGCCCCUUACUUUAAUCCACUGGAAACUGUGUCCUCUAUUAUUUGUGCCAUCUACUCGGUUGGUUAAACAACUUGCAUUAGGGUGAAUAAUGUAGUUAUGUAGUUGGUUGGUAGAUAUAAAACACAUUAUUUCUCACUGGCAGUUUUUCUGCCCUGGACAUAUUUUAUCAGAACAUUUUCUAACUCUUUGAUGGUAACUUCCAAAUUUUCCCCUGUGAGUUUCAUGUUUUAUGACCUCAGUUUUAGCAACUACUUCUAAUUUUAUGCAAAUUAAUAUAGUACAUGUGGUUAAUUGAAGGUCAAAGUUAUCGCUGGACUUUGAAAUUACAGAUCUAUACUUUCUUCCAUAACCAAUGGGAGCUGAAUCUACUGAUCGAUGUGUUUAGGGGGGUCUUUGGUAAAAAUGAGACUGUACUGAGACUGACAUUGAACAGAUGAGGCAGAAUAGAAUUGGACUAUCCAUUUGUGCGUCUGUUGUUCAUGAAAGUUUGACAAUAACCUUCACAUGUGUCCAGUGCUGCAUUAUUUGUUCAUGGAGAAGAAAAAGAUCAUGAUCUUUAUUCACUUUUGCUGGUUCAGACAAAGCCCUGUAAGACCUCUGUUCUGUUGCUCACAACAACAGAGCCGUCUGGGGAUAAUAUUACUCUACAUGAUGUCAUGGCCUUCAGCUGCCAGCUAUACAGGUGCAGACCUGUCCUGCCCAUGACUUUGUUGCUGAUUUAUUCCUUUUGUUCCUGGUACAGCCAGAACAGUGCUUUAAAGCUCUGUGCCGUGAACUUUCUUCCAAUUGCCCCGUUGAUUGAAUAGCUCUGUAAUAUCUUUAGUAUUGCAUCCUGGCCUCAUCAUUAUUUCAAAAAGGUUAAUUAAUUAAUUGUUAAAUGUUUGUCUAAGUUCCCCUAAAGUAACUACACUCACAGAAAUAUUUAAGCCUCAUUGCAUACAAAAUUUCCACCCAUUUGAAUUACUUAGGUUUAACAUUAAACCGGCCAAUAAACUUCAUGUGUGACGUAUUUUUCAUUUUAAUGUAAAUAAAAUAAUUAAGAAUUAGAUUUAUGUAAUAUUACCAAUAAACCCAAUGUGUUUAGAAUAAAUAAUGAAGAUUUAUUUAUUCAUCAUUCAUUGAUCCAAUUUGUUUCUGUCUCAUAGAUUUAACUAAAUGAAUCUUGGUUGAUCCAUAGCUCGUGAUAUUUAAACUAUAUUCAUACAUUUUAACUGAUUAAAUUGAAUAAUAACAGAUUUGUGCUGAAUAAAUAAAUAAUAAUUUAAAUAAAAUCAAAUAGAUGUAAAUACUUUAAAAUAAAUGCUAUGAGUAUAGUUCUGAGAGUAUUUUCUAUUGACUUUUUUUUUCUUAUUUUACUGAUAUUUACUCGAUGUUUUUUUUUAACCUGCAUCAUCUGGUAACAGGUUAUUGGCUGUCCUUCAAAUAGGGGCCGUUACUUGAAACAGUAGAACUGUGCUCUGCAGACGGUUGUCAAAAUGCAAAACACUCCCUCACUAAGACUGAACGAGCUAAACUGACUGCUAUGAAGAGAUUAUCUAUAUCUGUGUCACAUAACUGUGAAAAAUAGAAUAUAAUUGUCAUGUUAAAAUUAGAAUGAGCCAUGGUUGUAAAAUCUUGACAAAUGGAGGAUCAUCCUUAUCAUGCAUCACCAGAGCUUCUUGCCCUCAAAGGCCACCAUCACUUCAGUGACUGGUGGGGCGAGCAGAGGAGGAUCUCAAUCUAAAGUCUCUAGAUAUUCUCAUUUUUGCUAAUUGUACUUACUGGGAGAGCAAACUGCUUUAAAAUCCUGAUUGCGUUGUGUGCUCACAGUCUUUUCCUGAGCUGAAGUUGACUUUAUCACACAUACAACUUAUGUACUGACUAUGGGUUAUCCUUUCUACCAUGGUAUCCUUAGUAUACAGACAAUAGACUUGAUUUAUUUGUCUUUAUUGGACAUUCAUAUGUCAUUUUAAUUGCCGCUCUUUUAAACACCAGACUGGGUUUUUAUCGUUUCAGACUUUGACUUGACUUCUGUGGUGACAAGCCAAGGAACAGACACAGAGCUUUUGUCUCUUCCCUUCUGAUUUAAUCUAGCACCUGUUUGCUAUGCAAAGCCUCAAGAAGGGCUCUUUGAUAUAGGGGAAGGCGUGUAUGUGUGUGUGUGUUCAUGUGUGUGUGUGUCUAAUGCUCUGGUGCAAAAUCUGAUGCUAUCACUUAUAUGUUCUCUCUAAUCUGUGCUCCAAGGCUAGCCUGGAGUGUUUGAUUUUGUGUUUUUAUUGCCUAAGAUAGUAUAAAGUAGCUGGGUGGGUAAUUCCAAACUGGAUCACACCAGUCUGUUCGAGCUGUUUGUUAGUCAGACCAUGAUCUGAAAAGAAUAAAUAAUAAAUCACAGAGCUACUGCAGGCUUAAAAUGUGAGAGUUUGUUGUAGUUUGUUAUUUCUUCUUACCAUGGACCAUGUUUGUUAUGGUCUGCUUAAUAAAACCAAGAAAACUGUUCUGAAUGGUCAGUUAGGGCUGAGUGAUACAACUUGAAAAUAAAAUCUGAUUUUUUCCAAAGUCAAUUCACAACUUCAAAUCACUUUUUUUCUGCCUUCAAAAAAUAAAAAAUAUAAAAGUCUUAUAUAAAAAUAAGACUUGUUUUUCUGCUCUGUGCUACAGUAGAAAUGUGGAGUAGCAGCCUCUGUGGAAGAGGACCCACUCCUGUGUAGAUAUAAAGUUCUUAUUUUGAGUGAAAUGCAAAACAGUAUGUACAAAUUCAAACAUAUUUAUUACAAAUAUUGUUUUCUGUUUCUACCAAAUCUGUUCUGCUGAAUGACCCUUUAUACUAUGUGCUUCAUCUUUUAGAGACACUGGUUUAUUUACAUGAACAGAAAAAAUUGACAGAUUUUGUGACACUUCUCACACUCAAUAUUAGACUGUCAAAUUUACCACCUAAACAGAUGUCUGAAAAUGUAUACACUUGCCAGCCAUACUGAUCAUCAUGAGAGUUAAGAUAUUACAGUAAGCAAUUCUAACUCAUCUGAAAAUAUGUUUUGAAAACUGUCUAAAAACCAAGAGUAGCUGAUGAUUGUGGUUUAUAAUAGAAGCCUUUUGUUUUUGAUACCAAAGUACUUUAGGGAUAGAAAAUCUUAACUUACUUUAAUGUUAAAAUUUUCACAAGCCCUGCGUCUACUCUUUUCCACUUCCUGUACCUAAGCUAGUUAGUUUAGGAGAAAACAGCCCUGUAAUCAGAUAAGUGCUGUACCCACAUCCUUAACUUUUAGACAGAUAUGUCCCAGCCUCUUAUACUUUGUACAAGGAUUCUCACUGUAACUCUACACAGGCUCCCUCCAGGCUACUGAGAGUCAGUAGGCCUCUGUGAUAAAUGUGAUAUGCUCCAGGGCGAAUACUAAGCUUUGAUAAGGGAUUCAGUUACUUGCAAAUAUAUUUAUCUUAGUUUUGUCAUGUGCAGAUCCUCUGUAAAUUCCCCUUUAUCCUCUUUAGUCACUGGUUUUUAACCUGCAGCCUUAGAAAAUUGUACUGCUGUAAUCUGUCACUGGGGGAAACUAUUCUGAAACUAAGAUUUAGAGGUGGUGUUUUGGUUGGUUUAGCUUUACUUGUGAACUCUCUUGUUCGGUGCAUAUCCUGAGGACACAAGCCUAAAAUGCCAUGAGAUGAAAUCUUGUUAGACGAGAGCAUCAAGCUCUUUGAUAUUUGAGUCUUUUUUACAGCUCUAUUAAACAUACCAUCAUUCUGGUAUAUGAGGAUGGCAGACUUAAUGGUCUCUGUUUCCUGUCUCUCUUGGGUGAUUGUUUUGUGGGUCAAGUUGGACAUUUUAGAGUUUUAAAUCUCUGUUAGAUCUGUCAGUCUAAAAUAAAUAAUAUCAAUUUGCCUGAUUGUCUUCUGCUCAUAUCUUCUGUCCAUAAAAAUGCCUUGUGGAUUUUUUGCGAUUUUUUAAACUCCAUAUUCAUCACAGGUUAGCCUUGAAACAAUAUUUGUUUGUGAUAAAUAACUUUAUUCUGUGGACAUCAUGUCUUCACACAUAUGUAUAAGCUGAAGUUUCAAAGCUUUGGAGCAGGAUUCAUCCUCACUGAGUGGUAGAUGUUGCUUAUUUUUACAUUCACCUGGUCAGACAUAAUCCAGAGUAUGAAAUAAGUUUGAGGGCUUACUCCUACUUUGAUUUUUAUCACAAGAGUAAUAUUGUCCCACUAUUUCAGGAAAGAAAAAAAGGGUUUACACACCUGUUCUUGAUUUCUGGACCAACAAAGAAGAGCCUGUACCAAAGCAAAGCUGCUUUUGUGGCUGUCUCAGCUUUUCUUGUCAACACAGCAGAGUUGUCGUUUUAACCUCUGUCAGAUCACAGCUAAAGCCGCCCGUGGGUUUUACUGUGUGGUCAAUGUGCAGAGCUCAAACUCCUCACAAAAUUAAUUGUACAAAGUGGGGACAAACUGUGUGUUGAUGAAUUGGCUUAAUUUUAACCAACACCUACGUCAAGUGUGACCAUCCUUACAUGUAAAUUCAUCAUUACCGAAACAAAAACCGAAAAGUUGUGUGGGUAACAGCCAACAUAGUGAGUGGAUCAAUAAAACAACCCUUUACUCAUUUGGUACUUGAUUCUUUGUUUUACAAUGCCCAAUAAUCAUGCUUCUGGCUCAUGUUGUAAAGUUAAUCCUUGGACUUUAGAUUGGGAAAAACAAGAGAUAUGCUGAAGCCAUGUUGCACUUCCGGCAGUUGGCUUUUUUAAAAAAUUUCAAGGUAAAUGUCAAUGAUAGGCUGAUUUAUUGAGAAAAGAGACCAUACUUACAUGAAUUAUGAAAAUAAUUGAUAACAAUCCACUUCACGUAUCAAUAUUAAAUUGGUAUGGCACAAAAAACAAAUUCAUAGUCAUUUAGAUAUGCACCAAACACAGCAAAAAUAAACUUACAAUUUUUAGAGUUUGUACCUGUGAAAAUGAUGAUCAGGUCUAGCAGUAGAUAAGAGAGUAAGUUGCAUGUUAAUUAGGCUUAAUAUAGAAAGACAAUGAAGAAAAUAGGCAGAGCUUGUUGAGCGUUGAGGGGACUGAAGUAUACUUUAUGUACACUGAUCUGUUGUUAUAUUUAACAAAGACAUUGCUCUGUGAACUUUUCACUAUUUUAUAAGUUGCAGAGGAUAUAUUAAUAUUUUACUCCUCCCUGAAAUGUUUUUUUUACCCCCAAUAACAAAGUCAGUUUGUUUUUGUUUGCUUAUUUUCCAUGGGAAGGUCAUAAAUUAUACUGUAUCACUUGGUGGUUGAACAAGGAGCAGAUAAGGUUUCUCUUCCUCUUUGUAACCUCCUGACCCUGUGCAAAACAACCCUAUCACUCGCCAAAGUUUGCGAGUAAGUGCAUCUAUUUUAAAGACAGUCAAGAGGUCAGACUCUGGUUAUACAGUGCUUUUUGCCAUCUUAGCUUGACUGUAAAGGAAAACAUACAGUCUUUUCAGAGCAGUAGACAUUUGAAGAAAUCCAAUAAUUGCCCUUUUUCAGGUUUGUCCCAUUGACUUCAGAGGAAAAACUUUGAUAUUAAUUUGUCCUACAACUCCUCAAGCUGUAGGACAAGUAGUGAAUUGAAAUUUUGUCCACAGAAUAACAAUAGUGCCUUGGGGCAACUUGAGUGUAAUAUUUCUCUAUUAUUCAGAGGCCAGUGCUUUGAUGUGUCCGCUGUCAAGUUUAUAGCAUCUCUAUUGUAUAGGGACCAGUGCCACAGUGCUUUUGCCCCAUGGCCCUCAUUGGGAUUUUGAUCGAAAGUCAGCUUUUUAUCUUCAAUCAAAUUGCUCUAAAAGUGAUUCAGUGAUGCUCAGAUAUCAGAGCAGUCCCUGAUUAGUGAUUUGGUAACAGCUGUGGGCCUGGCCUGUGGCUCACAGGUUGCCACGCCAACUUGAGCUGGUUGCCCAUGAAGAUAGACGCACUGCAGGCUGAGACAGUCAAAACGAGAAAAAGAGUGAGCUGGGAAUGAUGUCACACCCGAAUUACCAGCGUUUCAGUUACCAAGUUGGAAAAAAGCAAAAUCUGAGGCGGAAACAAGAUGGCUACAUCUAGGAAAGUUAUUUUAGUUAUUUUAAGUUAUUUUAGCGUCCCCUUUUGUAGAUGUAGCCAUCUUGUGUCCACCUACGAUUUUGCUUUUUUCCGAUUUGGUAACUGAAAUGCUGGUAACUCGGGUGUAAUGUCAUUCCCAGCUCGGACACCUGACUCCCGAGGUAAAUCGAUUGCAGCAUUGGCAUCAUUGAGGAGCAGAGAGAGACAUUGUCACACUUAGAGGUUCAGUGUUUGAAUUCUGUAAGUUUCUCUGCUUCGAUAAGCACAUUGUUAGAGACAGAACAUGCGGUUCUACUACUGUGGAAAAAAACGUGUGUAGAGAGUAAUUUGUGGCUGGGAGGAGCAUGGAAGGAAAAAAAUUUCAGACAAUUUUUUGCAACUUCUCUCACUCUCGCCGAUGAUCUCACCCACUCUGUAAUGAAGAUUCCACGCAAUACACACCCAUUAUAAUCUUAAAAUUUCUUCAACCAUUAUUAUGGUCUUUGAACACUGAGUGAUCAAAAAAUACAAUAUCAAUCAAAAUGCGGAUUAAUACACUAAUAGACAUAACUUGUGUCUACAUUUUGAAGCUUAAAUGGAGUCUCUAGGUGAAAGUAUGCAGGAGCAGCAGACGUUUGAAAAACUCAGAUAAUUGCUUGUUUUUUUUGUUUUUUGCUUGUCCUAUUGAUUUAAAUGCAAAAUUUUUCCAUAGUUUUUCGGGACUUAACUCUUGAAAAAUUUGUAUGUCUUAGAUAAAUGUAAUAGCACACAGAUCUCAAUCAAAUUGCAAGUUUUGGUAUAUAAUUUUUCCUACAACUCCUUAAGCUCUAGAACAAGUAGUUAAUCCGGAAGAGGAAUAAGAAAAAAUCCACAGUAUAACAUAUAAACCCCAAGGCCCUAAUUAAUCAUACAAUACUAUCAGAUCUUUUGAAUGACUUCUUCUCUAAUGAUAGAUUCUGUAGAAGUUGUUAACAGAUAUGAUUAUGGAAAUUACAUAGAAAGAAAUACUUGGUGUACUUAUUUAUUUCAAGAUGAUUAUCUUCGUUUGUCCUUCUCACCUUCCACCUUUUGUUAUUUUCACAAAGUAUUAUAUAUCUGAUGAUCACUUUGAAAUCCCCCUGAAGAAAAGACAUGGUGAGAUUGAUACAGACUUGUGGUAAUCUGUUCCUGCCCGGGUUUUGUUCUCAGCCUUUCCCUCUGCUCAGACCUGCUGGCAUGGUGACCCGUAACAGACAGUCAAUCAGACACAUAGGCUGCAUUGUAUCACCUCUACUAACCUGUUUGUUAAGUUCUCUUUAUUUGCUGUAAUAAAUCAAACUACAAAGAAUUCAACAAGCUUCUCAGUAUUUCUUUUUGCAAACCUGUUUUCUUCUCUUUCCCUGUAAUAAAAAGAGUUGAGGAAGUUCUCACUUUGUUGCCCUUCAGGUCUAUCGUAUUUGUGGCCGCAUCCUAAUUGUCUCUCAGAGCAACGAGAUGUUUAUCAGUGGGUUAACACCAUUAUUUAUGCAGGACCUAUGUCUGCCCAUCAGUUUCCAUGUGCCAAAAACUGUCUGCUCUGCAACUGGGUCAUCAAUCCUGUUCGACACACAGCAUCCAAUAAAUAUCCCUGUUGUUGGUUGUGUGAUUAGAAUGGCUAGAUCAAUGUCAUGCAUUAGUCACUGUGCAUGAAUAAGCCUAUUUAUCAUUUGUAGCAAUCACAUGUCUGAUAUUGACCAGGUAAGCAAGCUGGCCUGAAGGUUGUGAGUGAGCAGAGUGUUCUGUAGUUGUUCAUGUGACCCCAUGACACGGUUAAAGCUGGUGUAAUAUGAAGGGGGUGGUGACGGUCCACACAUAGUUUAAUUUGCCUACUAAGGGUGGAUGUGUCAUUUGAGCUUCUGCUGUUGGUCUUCCCACCACGAUUACCAAACUGAAACUCUGUGGUUAUUUAUAGUUCUCAGGGAUUAAUUUGGAAAUUGUUUACUGACUGCGUGAGCCUCGUAGCUGUAGGGUCAGAACCUUAAACUGUGACAAAAAAUAGUCAGACCAUGCUGAAAUAGUGCGACACCCUUGCUGAUAUUUUUUUUUUAGAACAUAAAUAAAGCAAAAUUUGCUAAAAUAUCAAGUUAAUUUGAGGAAAUUAAGUUCUGUAGCAUCUUUGGCUUUGACAAAAGGUUUAAAGAUUGAAAGUUCCUUCUGCUACUUUUAAUUAUGUAAAUCUUUACCUCUCAUUAGUCACAGAGUGAUUUGUGCCCUUGUUGCCUGUCGUCUGCAGUUCUUGACUACUGCUGCUUGUGGAGAUAUAAACUGUUGUUGUGGUUCCAUGCUGUUUGCAGUGUUACUCGGGAAUGUGAGCAGUUGUCACAUAUUUUUGCAACCUUUGAAGGAUCACCACGCGACCCAGCAGCAGGCGGACAUCCUCUGAUCUGGUCUGUUUCUAGGCUGAGCUAACUUUAGAGGCCUGUAGAGAGGAGUGUGACCUGGGAGGAUCAUGGGCGAGGCACAGAAAUGAAGGCCUGCUGUAUCGACUGUGUUUUGCAUGCUACGGUCAGUGCAUGAAUAAGCCCACUUUGAGAUCGAAGUUUGCACACACUGCAGAAUUACUUUAGUUUCAGUUUUGAGAGAGGAUUUCUGCUGGUGGUGGAAAAUCUUUCAAUCGAAUAUUUAUUGAGUCUGUGGGGUUUUUUGGACAACUUUUCCCCAUUAAAUUAUGUAAUAUCUAUUUAAUGAUCUUUAGCCUUGCAUGGAUAUUUCUUACAGUUUACUUUCUUUAGUUUUAGCGUUGAGCUCAUGAAUGAGGUACUGGAAUAUCACAUAGUUUCUAUAUUUGUACUUGAAGAAUGACUGUCAUGUACUACUUGCAGCUAUUUUCACUCCUGGACUUCUGUUCAUAAGUAAUGAGGUUCUGUAAUACUCACAGUAAAUGUUUAGUUUUCCUUUUAAUGCAUCAGAAUCUUUAGUUUUUGUGGUCUUUUGUGUGGAAGAGACAGUACAAUCUAACAAAUCCAUGAAUAGCUUUUUAAUUCAGAAAAGGUCUUGGUAGAAAUAUGUAUGUAAAAGUUUUCUGUCCUACAAACUCAUAACAAAUCAAACUGAUUAUUUAUCUUCUCAAACCAGUGUCUUUUGAGCAAAAAUACUCCAAAAGGUUCUUUGCAAAUGUAACUCUCACCUAAACAAGCUACUGUGACUGGAGCAUGUACUAGUGCCUGCUCCGCUGCAGCAUGCAUCACACCCUAAAUUUUUCAUGAAAUGACUCAGGGAAGCCAGAAGAUGAAGCUACUCUAAGGCUCUGUAAAGCUCUCUGCACAUUUCUUCAGUUCUCUGCUGCUUAAAUGUAGUUUAUUUUUUUUAUAUAUAAUUUAUGAUAAUUCAAAGAUUAAAAUAGAUGGAUGAUGUCCUUCUAUGAGUGAGUUUGUUACUCAGUUUUACUGCCUUUAAUAGAGAUGGGCAACUCUCCUACUUAUUCUUACUCAAAAACUAGUGUUUUGUGCAUUUACAGUCAUGUUAUCGAAUUCUUCAUUGAAAGGUCCCAGUUGCCCUUUCAACAAAGAAUUGGAUAACCAAGACCUGGAUGAAGGAGAACUUACACAAACAUACAUUGCCUUGGUCUCAGCGGUUGGUCUUGUACCCCAAAAACAGGAUACUUACUUUUUUGCCUUUAAUGGGGGGGGGAGGGGGGACUCGAAACCGCGACUUCUGCAGGGAAUAUAGUCCCCAUAUAUGGGGCGUGCUAACUUGCUAGGCUGUCUGAAGAUAUACCAGUUGUUCAACAAGAGUUUUGUUUUGUUAAUUUAUAAGGAUGAAAUAUAUCAUCUCAGUGGAGGGUGGUUUGGGUUUCCCCACAUUUUACAAUCUGGCAUUUAAUAUCUUAGCUCAGUCACAGUUUAUGUGUUUCACUUUUGCUACAGAUCUGUGAAGCUGUUGGCGUUUUCAGUGUUGGGUAUGUCGAUUGUUUUGGUACACAACGCAAUAGGUCAAAUGAAAGACAUCCCAAUAGUAACAAGCUGAAAGGGCGUAUGUCAUAGGGUGACCAUACGUCCUCUUUUACCCGGACAUGUCCUCUUUUUUGGGGGCUGUCCGGGCUUGUCUGGCUUUGUCCGGGGAAGUUUAUAAAAUCCUUCAAAUGUCCGCGGUUUUGUACGAGAGUUUCUAUUUUGUGUCACGUGGACUUACUGAAUUAGAAGCGCAUAAAAGACACUCGGUCUUAUAUGGUCAUCCUAGCAUGUCACCACCUCCCUUAGUAAAGGCAUACAUACUUCAAUCCAUUGAUUCUGGCCUGGUACUUAUAAACCGAGACGAUGGCAGCAGUCCAGUUUAAUCACCUAAUCAUGAUACAACCGUAGCUUGACUUACUAACUGUGAUCUGUUUGAUGUAGCUUGUUUCAUUUUGCCAAAAGGCUCCAAGCUUUCUUUAGAUCCCUUUAACAAUGGCCAUUGUAAUAUGGUCUCAUUGUCAACUCAUUGUGAUGACAAGAAGAGUGUUUCUUGGGGGGACGAGAGUGGGACGUGAAUGGAGAAGCGAAUAUAAUCACUGUGUUGCCGUGGUAACCUAGAACACGAUACCGCAGUGAGAGUCAGAAAACAAGGUGAGUGAUUAGGUGGUGCUGUAACAGAAGAGCCCUGAGUGGUUACCUGUAGCCGCUUAGAUCAGCAACAGCAGGUAACAUUUCUCAAAUAUCAGGGCUUUCCAGAACUGUGUCAUAGACUUGUAAAGUUACUUAAGUCUGUUUCUGGGUGGCAAAAAUACUCCCUAUUCUAAAUUCUAACAUGAGUGUAUUUCCGCACUCCUUUCAUCUGCAUAUUCACAAGAUCAGAGGCCAUGUUGAAAAUUUUGAGUCUUCUCCUGACUCUGUUUGCGUCUGUUUUCACAAAGCAAACGGUAUUUGAAAAUGAGACUCCCAGUGACAUUCACCAUUACCUACAACCCUCCUGUUAGUUAGAGUAAGAUACUCAGGUUCAUAGAUUGCUGUCUUUAGGUAGGCUUACUCAAACACAUGGUCAAAUACCAAAGAGUUGUAGGAAGGGAUUUUAUGGGUGUCUCGCAUUGUGAGAGCUUUAUCACAGCAGCUGUGCGAGAGUGUGUAAGACCCCUGGAGAAAGGUGCCAAGGGCAGGGAUCUUUUAUCUUACAGCUGAAACCGCUGUGGGCAAGGGAUUAAGAUCACUAUUUCAAGACACAGAAUUAAGAUGCAACCACACUUCUGACUCCAAAAUCCCGGAGGGCAAAGGGGAAAUACGGAACUCAAGGCUUCAAACAACACACACCCACAAGUGACGUCACAGUAGCUAGUUGGUUGGCUGUGAUCCAGGUCAACUCAUAAAAAGACAUUUAUACAAGAAAAUGUCUUUAAUUCACAUGUAGGCCACUGAAGCACCACUUAGAGGGAUAUUCCGGAGUAAAAUUAACUUAGGGUCAAACACAUCGUAACACUGAGUUAGACACCCCCUCGAGAGAUUAAUGUUGCCGACCGCUUGCUUCUCCAGUUAUACCAACUUCAAUAACGACCGCACGAUAGUACUACACAGUGGUCUCAGGAGCCACACACAAACCUCAACCAAAAAGUACAUAUUGGGUCCCAGCCAUAGCACUAGCCACCAAACAUCUUUUUAACUUUGCCUGAUUUCUUUAGCAAAGAGACUAAACAUAACUCACCUACUCUCUUCCAGCAGCCGCUUGUUUGUAGCGAGACCUCGACUAGUCCAUCAUGAUUGAGGUGGGGGGGCGCAGCUAAAGGAAAAAUAUUUAUGAUCAUUACUUUAUUGUUUCCUUGAAGUGGUAAUCACCAUAUUAAUCAUUUUUGCUUUGUAGUUCUUCUGCCUGAAGAAUGAAGAAACGCAAUCAGUGUAUUGCUGUGUAUUGCUAUAGUGCGGUCGUUACUAAAGUGAAUGAAUGAAUGAAUGGUUUAUUUGGUCACAAUAACAACAAUAGAGAAACAAAAAGAAUUAUAAACUUGACCAAAAAAAGGAUUAGGCGGAAGCACAAUGCUUAUAGUUGCCUAUCCUUUACAAUCCUUAUAACAUCAUUUUAAUAUUUAAAACAGUUGAUAAUGUUGAAAUAAGAUAAAAAAAGAAAGACACUCUAAUAUUAAAAAGAAAACAUUCAAAUAAUAUGUUGCACUAUGUUGCAAAGUUGGUAUAACUAGAGAAGCAAGCGGUCGGGAGCAUUAAUCUCUCGACGGGGUGUCUAACUCAGUGUUACGGUGUGUUUGACCCAUAAUUAAUUUUACACAGGAAUGUCCCUUUAACAAAAAAAAAGUUUAAGCAAUCUGCUUAGCGGCUGCUGUGUCUGUGUUCUUAACACGAACAGGACAUUUGUUUAUGUCUGAACUGAUGUAAACCAGAGUUCAAUAGCGACUGAAACAGACUAUAAAGACAGCUUAAUAUUAUUACCACUGGUUAGUAGAAUAAGCCCACAGUGGGGUCCAAAAGUAACUUCUGAGAUGUUUAUUUCUUUGUUCAUGGCCAAAUCUCACUGCUGUCAUGGGCUGAUCGGUACAAUGAAAACUUUUUUUCAUGUUAGCCUUUUUGAAGAAAGUUUUUUUUAUGUGUUUGUAACUGACAUUUAUCAUGAGCUACAAAUUGGUACCAAUAUUGAAAAAAGACUUAACUGUGUAUUAAAUAAAAUACCCAUACUGUAGCUCUGCUUCUCCAAAACCUUUUUCACCAUGAUAAAAAUAAUGUCUAAUUCACGUCUAUCAGAAACAAAAUUGGAAAUGUCUUGUUAUGUGACAUCCACAGCUUUGUCAUUUAUGGCUUUCCUGCAAGAGCAAUAACAGUUUUCAGCUUGAUGUGUCUACACUCAUGCUAAUAUCACUCACACAUCCCCUGCUGCAUAUGACACAAUGGUACAAUGGGAGUGUAUGUCAUGAUGGUUGAUUACUCUCGUGGCUGUUCAGUAGCUACAGAAGGGGACAGCGAUCGCCUUUGACCUUUUCAUUUCAGAAGUCUAGUCUCAAGGGCCUGUAAGGGGGGAAGGGCCUGAGGGUGCUGCUGCUAAGUGUGAUCAAUCAACACCAUACCGCCUAUCACCAAAUCUGCCUGCAUGUGUGAUAUUUGAAUAAUUCAUUUGCACCUCAGCCUUUAGGGGAUUUUGUUACUUGUGAUUAAGUAAAUAAAUAAACUACACAUUUUACAUUUGAAUAAUAUCUACUAUGAUGAAAGAAAAAUGUAAUAAGUGUAGGGCUGCAUUUUUUAUUGGUGUUCACAUUAUUUUCAGUGGUUGAUAAUGUGGUAAAUUACAUGCUCGACUUUCAAGAGAAUCCAUUCAGGAAAUCUUGUACACAUUUUUUUAAGGCUCUAAAGCUGCUCUUUCUCAAGUAGUAGAAGUUUCCGUGUCAAGUUCACUCACUUGACUGUCAAUGCGGUCAUUGUAUUCAUUUUCAUUCAAAAUAAGAUGCUUAAAUCUUUUUUCCCUGAAACAGAUCAACUUGUUGGAAAAGAAGCCGUUCAUUGUAAAAGUAGAAUGAUCGUCUGUGUGCCCCAGCAAUAAUAUUUCCUGGCUGUUGUCCCCCUUCGGUCAUAAAGGGUUCAACCAAUUUGUGUUAGCAAAGGUCAGGUCCUUGUAGAGUGCUGUUUACACUCCGGGGUGCCCUCCUUCCUGAGGCGUCAUUCACUGUGUAGUGUCACUCACACUGGACAUCACACUGCCUUGUUCAAGUAAAGUCUGCAUUCCAACCAACCUACGAUAUUUGGCAUGUGAGGAAUUUCAUACUCUCCGUUUUCCAGUGUCACAGUGCUUUUACUGUCACACUUAUUAUUGCCUCCAACACAAUGCUUCUCUUAUUCCCCCCUGCAUGUUGGUGUAUUGUGGCUGUGAUUAUAUUGUUACUAUUUUUCUUAAAAGGUCACAUCUGCAAGUUAUAAUCAUGAAUUUCUUCUCUGGAUUGUCAUGUGUGUGAUGAGGAAAAACAAAACUUGCUUUAUCUGGCCUUAUUUAUUUAUUUUUAAGUUAACAUUGAAUUAUGUCAGGGACUGGACUUUCUCAAUUGUUUUCUUUCUGAUGGGUUGUACAGAUUAGAUCGGAGAUGUGGUUUGUUUCUUGCAAUAAUCUCAUAAAUGCCAGGCUUUAUUUGUCAGGCCUUGAAUUAAGGUCUCUGUGGUCUGUCAUUGCUGCUUUCCAGUACAUGCUGUAUCAUCCACGCUGCAAACUGAUGUCCUUUACUUUAACUCUACUAUCAGAAUUAUUGACUGUAUGUAGCGUGGCGGUUUCUUCAUAUCUGCCCAUGAGGUGUGAAGGCAAAAAACUGCCUCUGUAGGUGCAGACAAGGCAUGCACAGGAGCAACCUGGCCGGUUACACUGCAGGGCUAAUGUCACACCCUUCCUACUAACAAGGGAAGCAGGAUUUGAUACCGAAAUUUAUGUCAAUAAUCAAGGUCAGUAAAUUUGGUGUCAAAAAAUGAAUAAAUAAAAGUUGGUUUCGGACGUGUGUAGGUAGGCUAUGGUCUCAUGUCCCUUUAAGAUGCUGUCCUACUUCAGAGAUGUGACUCCACCCCAUCCAGUCCGUAACAAAGAGGGAAAGACAGGUGAGGAGAUGGAGGAUGGUUUAAAAGUUGUAGCAGCAGCUGAAGUAGACAAAGUUAAUAUGGGAGGGGGUGAGCAGCAUGUGGAGUAGUUAUUGUCCAUUUAUUGUUAUCGAGGUGAAGUGCUCAAUAUAUCGUGAUAUUGAUUUGAGUCCAUAUUGCCCAGUCCUAGUUUGUAACUUAGAUAGCCUUCAGUAAGCAGGCUUUUGGCUUCAUAGUUAAUUAUCUAUUAUGGCAUCCAUCUUGAUAAACAGUCUAAAGUCAAAAUGUGCACAAACCACCACAAAUAAAGAAAGAGCUAUUCCAGCUCUGAGACAAAAAGAAAGGUGGAGGAUGGGCUUGUGUUCAUGGACAUCAGAGUCUUCUAUAAAAAUGUUCAUUUUAUUGAUGUGUGGGAAAUGCAUCUUUUUAUGCAUCCCUUCUUUACUGCAACAUAAUUGAGAGGUUUGGUCGUCAUAGACGAACCAUACGACCUGCCACGUCAGAAAUGAUUCUUUUCCUGAUGUUUCACAGACCAGACCAUAAAUUAAACAGUAAAGAAAAAAAGUCUGUGGAUGAUUACGAGGAAGAAAGAGAGCUUCCUGAUUGUUGCAGCUUGAAAAUAUUUUGUUCAGCCAAGCUCUGUAAUGUUUAUCCUUUUGACAGCAUGAUCAUAGUUGUGGGCGGGUGUUUGCAUUUGUUAGGAAUCAUCAAGAUUCUGUGGUUCUCACAAGCGAUUGUUGAGAGUAUUGUUGUCCGGUUGUGGCGAUAGUAAUGGUCUGUGGUUCACUGGGAAGUAGGUGUUUAACAGAUGACCACAAGGAAGAGGCGACAUCCUUUUUUACAUCCUUCAUCAUGGUCAGACUCUGCCUGCCAGAUGUGCUCAAAUCUUUGGAGCUUUCACUUUGCAGAUUUUGAUGAAUUUGUUGUGACAGUCAAGUUUAAAUAUCCUUUUUGUGAGCAGAUGGCAAGUCCUAACAAUUGUAUACCUUUAUUCUUUCACAGCUGCUGCAAGGAAUCCUUCAUGACCUUUAUCAGAGGUUGAAUAUCAUCAUGCUUUUUGAGCAAGCCUUGGUCACGCAAUCGAAUUACCACACAAAAUAGACAUUGUGUGGGCUCGCGUAGCCCUGGGCAGACACACACACAGACGCGCGCACACACACAUAGACAGCUUUUGCCCCAAAGGGAUCAGCCACAUUCAAGUGUACAUCAUAUUAUAUCCUUUCUGACAACAAGCCCCUGUGAUGGUACACAAUUAGGAGCACUUGAUUUAAUUAUUUCAUGGCCUGACUCAAACCUCUGAGGGUAUUUUACAGUUGCCAGAUCAUAAAUAUUAAAUUUGGGAUUGUGCAUGCUCUGAAAAAGCUCAGCAGUGACAGAGAGAGUGCUGCAACAAGGAGCACCUCCCUUCCUCUGUCCACUCCUCUCCUAGUCAAUGAUGUAAUGUUUCUGCUGCUGAUAGAGCAACCCCCUCUCCUGCCUUUUUUUUUUCUCUCCACAUUUUCCCCUCCCCUUCCGAUUUGCUGCUGCCGCGGCUGCUCUCACUGGUGGUGAUAGUGGUGGUGGUGGAUGCGUGCGUGCGGCGCCGGUUCAGCUUCAUCUCUGGGCAUCUCUCGGGAUCCCUGCAGAGCCUCUUUUUUUCUCUGUCAUCACUCGACCGAGAGCCGCUCCUAUUGAGCACUGCAAGAUCUCGUCUUCUGCUGAUAAAAGGUAUUUUUUCUGGCUCAUGACUAAAGAAAUUCAUGAAAAAUGAGAAAGAGGGAGGCAGAGAGGAGGAGGAGGAGGAGAGAGAGUUAAAUAGAAGAGUGACAGACAGAGGGUUGACUGAGUGUCCACUCAGCUGCUGAGUAAAUUGGUCUGGUCACUGAAAGCUUCUUGUCGCCACAACGCUGGAUGCCAUGGCAAUUGCCCCUGUGGUGCGUGUGCAUGUACUAUAGUAUCUCGUUGGUUUCCAUGGUAAAGAUGAGAUAGAUCCUUGUGCUGGCUCAGAGCUAAUUCUGCAUGUGUCAUGGAAAGCUAAAAUUGCCUUUGGUGUGAAGUGAUUUCUUUAGUCUUGUGCAUAAUUUAUUGAAGAUUACAGUCUAUUUUUUCACUUGUGCUGAAUUCCUGUAGAAGAUAACUGCUCUGUUUCACUUUUUGAUGGGAAAAAAAAUAAUGUCAUUGAAAAAUUAGGCAGCUCACUUCUGUGGAACAUACAGUAUGUCUCACUUUGAUUUGCCUGCUCUACAAAAACUGGGCGUGUACAGUGACAGUCAUGAAGCCCAGAUGAGUGAUGCGGUGGGUGUUAUCUGCAUGCAGAUUUUGGAUCACUUCUGAGAUCUAAGAGUUACUUGCAGUGUUUUAAACCAUGUUUGGCAAAAACACUUUUUCUUCUUUGUCACUGUCAUUGACAGGAUGUGAUGUUCUUGCAGAAGACCACAGUGGUUUGGUUAUCCAUGUACAGUAGUGCUUUUUUCAAGAGUUGUUAAACCUUACUCUUGCACUUCAUCAGAUGCUAACUUAAUAUUUCAUGCCUUGUCUGCCCCACAUGUAGAUGGUCUUAUAACUUAUUCAUCCCCAGGAUUUUCCCUGCAUUUGAGUCAUCACUCUUUUGUCUCUUUUGUUUCUUUCAUCUCAAGUUUUUGAACAUUGUUUCCUCCUUUUUUUAUCAUAUUCAACUUAAAAUCCCCAAAUAACAAUCUCAUUAGACCUUUGGGACCAGGGUAUAUGAGGGAGUAGGGUCCAUGAAAAACCAUGUGUUACUUUGAGGGUUAUUUUAUGAUGUCCCAAAGGGGAAGGGGUCAUAUUUACACUGAAUGUAGCUGACCUUUAGAGAAACUGUGGGGACACUGCAAAUGACUCCCGAGGCCAUUAUUUUCUGCAUUAAAGGAAAGUCUGUCCAAAGACGGCUUCUAAAUAUCACCAGCCAUCUGAAACUGAAAUCAAACCUUCAACAUUUCACCUUUGUCGUUUUCACCAGGAAGAAAAGUUUGUGUCAUCAGUUGUUGUGUAACCAAUUUGCUGAUUUAUGUGACACCUACACUCAGCAGUGGAUCUAUGUACUGUAAGGCUGCCGCAAUUAUUCCAUUAUUUCGUACUCUACAGUUUUUUAAUUGAAUAACUUGGUCUACAAAGUAGCAGAUCCACCAGAGCUGCUUUAAGUGAUUGUUUAAGUUUCACUCUGUGAAAGAUCUUUCACCCUGACAGCUUUUACUUUGAAAGGAGUAAAUUCCUGCUUUUUGCUGCCUGAUGCCUAGAAACAUAUUACAGACUUUGCAACUUUUAAGAAAGCAAACUUAGUCCACGUUGUAGCUCAUGUCUGACUUCCUACAGCAAUGUCACUGUAAAAUGUGUUUUCUGUUUUACGCAGUACCCAGCUUUCCUUUUCCUUUUUUCCUUCAACUUUUUUGUCUUUUAUACUCACAAAAGCCUUUGCAUAAGGACAUUGUUGUAAAUUAGCAUUUGCUACUAUCACUAUGAUACUUACCUCUGAUGGCUAUUCCUGGUUUGUUUUUAAGUAUUGUAUCUCUCUCCAAUGAGUAAACCAUAAUAAGAUAAUGAUCAACAAUGCCACAUUUAUUUAUAGUGCAUGUUUGAGCAUUAAUUAGAGAUUUUUAUGAAAAUGAUUUAUCACUAAUAAAAAAAUGUUACUUACAUCAUUCACUGUUGUUUUAUUAGGCAGCAACAUUUGUAAUACGUUAAAAAUCAUAAAAAAUAUGUUUCCUCUCUGUUAACUCUAUGAAGUGAUUUUGUAGAAAUCACACAGACAUAGUUAGACAGAAAAAUCUAAUUUCUUGAUUUAAUUCUGUCUCUGUGUUGGAAGAAAGGACAUGGUUGGUCCUGUAUGUGGCGGUAGGUGUAGUGCACUGUGUGGGGGAGGGGGACCUUAGGUAGAAAACACAGGAAAGUUGAGCUGCUGCCACAUGGACAUGAAGGGCCACCUGAGGAGCGUCCGAGCUGUUCCUCAUGCUCUGUCUGUUGAAUUUCAAGCAGGCCCACUAGCUUUGGAGCUGUGCCUCUGGCUCUGCUUUGACAAAGUGCUAAUCCAAUAAAUAGUUUGGCAGUCUGAGUGACUACAUUCAUAUCUCUCUCUCUCUCUCUGUUUUAUAAAAGAUAAAGGCAGGUUAGAUAAAAGCAGAGGGGAAAUCAGGUGAUUACAACACAAGUAUCACAAUGAAGCAUGGUGUGAUUAGUCAGAAGUGCAGUCUGGUGAUGAAGUGGACAUGUGACUGGUAAUGCUGGGAACUUCAGUAUUGGUUUCAGAAUAAUGAGUAACUGAUAGGAUGGUGACAUAAAAGAAAUAAGCAUGUAUGCAACAGUAUAAUGAAAGAACAAGAGGUGAGUCACAAAGAGCUCUCUCAUACAUACACACACCUCUUGGAUGGCUGGUUGGCAUAUCCCCCCAGCCGGAGGGCACUCAUCCCACAAACACCCUCUGUUGGAGAGCCACAGAGUCAGGUGUAGUGGAGUACUGCCUUUGCUUUUGGCAUGCAGAGCCUUCACAGUGUCAUAGUUUCCCCCUAAAAAAAGCACAGGAUGAAACACUUCAACAUGAUACCUCCACCACGCCAUCUGAAGAGAUCGUAUGCUGGUUAUAUUAUCGUAUUUUUAACUUAACAUGCUGAACCAGUCACACUCAAUAACCAAAUGAGUCACUCAUCACAUAUGUGGGUCACGCAGAGCCAUUUAAGCUGGUACUUAACCCAACAACUCACUCACCUGAGCGGCUAGAAAGAUUUUGUUCAUAAGAAUAACACGAAGCAUGAUUUUGAUAAAGAUCCACAUUACAGCUCAGGGAAGACCCUGGUUACACUCAUCAACAUUGAGCUUGUCCUCAAAGUGCAAAACACAAAUCAUUUAUCAAAGACGGAUCAAGCAGCGCUCAAUCAAAGCAAGUGUUUCAGUAUUUCGCUCAGUUCAAACAUCAUAAAGGUUUAACAGGGAGUUUGAGCAAGCUGACACUUCCAGACAGUGGAAUAAGAGUGUAUUAACCUUUAAGCUACUUAAGAGGAAAACUGUGAAUUAGGAGUUAAAGAUUCAAAUCCUGCACAAAUAAUGACUCAUCAAAGUCAAACUUUUGCAGUGACCUGGUUUUACAUAAAGACUGAAGCUUUUAAAUGAGGCCAAAGCAGAAGCAGAAGGAGUGUGAAAACAAGGUGAGGCUUUGACUGGGAAACUCUGGGCACUUUUGUAGCUUAAGUGUCCUUACUGGUAUAUUUCUUUUCACUGCUAGCACUGAACAGAUGCUUGGAGUCGAGCGUCAUCCUGCUGUUACCAUUCAACUACUUGACAAACUGUAAGAUGCUUAGCAGUGUUCUUGCAUUGAGGUGGAAUAUUUCUCACCACAUGUUCACAGUAAUUCUUGUUCUGAAAUUAUGAUAUGGUGUUGAUGUUGUAGUGCUUUCUUCUUACUGAACCCCUACUCCAUAUGUGCAGCUCCUUGCAUGUUACUCCCGCAAUAUACGGCUGCUAAGAUAAAAGCACAAAGCAUAUAGGCAUUUAAAGAAACAUAGGGAGGGAGGAGAUAGUGGACAGAGUUGCCACAUUUUCCUGGCCUGUGAUUAACAGUAUUGCUGUGAUUUAACACAUUGGACAGCGCUGUGUUAACAAACACAUUACAACAGUUAAAUGGAAAUUAACACAUAAGGCUGAGAGUUCUGCGCUCAAGUUUUUUUAGCUGUUUUCCGUGCCUCUGUCAGCCUCAGUGGCUCUCUAAGCAGCGCUAAAGCUGCUAUCUGGUGCGUUUCCAUUAAGCUAAUAUGUGAAACACUGAGUCUUAUCUCUGCACUCUAAAUCCUCAACUCUUAUUGGUUUGUAUGGGAUGACCUGUCAGCACUUCUGCCAGCUGUGUGUGAAGCAUGCUGGGAGAACGAUCAAACUUAGUCUUCUCUUCAGUCUAGUUAUAGAGUAUUAUUGUUCUGGUGUCAUUGUUAUUACAUUUAGGGCAGACUUCUUCACAUUUUCAAGCUUUUCUCAGAUUUAAAAAUAUUUAAGCUGGCUUUCAUCAAAGUCACUUUAUUUUGUUUUCUCCUUUGGAAAAAUAUGCGUCAUUAAUUCUGUAAAUUGACUGUUUCCCUUCUCAGAGUGCUUAUUGCACAAGGGUUGCAAAUUGCAGUUGUGUUAAUUGCCCCUCACUUAGUGAGAAGCAUACACAAACAGGUGAAAGCUGUUGUACUCUUUUGUCAGCUUGAUGUUGAUAUUGUCGGAUUAAUUUUGAUAAAAAAAAGUUCUCAUUAUCAGCUCAUACUUCCGGUUUCUGCUUUCAGCCGUGAGGAGGAGUCAACAUGGGCGCCCUGACUAGUCUGCAGCUGCACAGUCCCAUACACAACAGACUGUGAUGCACAGUGUAUUCUGACACCUUUCUAUCUGAACCAGCAUUCAGCAGCUGAACUGCAGUUGGGUUAGCCUUUACUCUCUACAUUCAUCAGUGAGCCUUGGCUGCCUAUAGCCCUAUCACUGGUUCACCGGUUUUCCUUUCUGACCACUGCAGACUGGUCAGUUCCUUUGUAAUCUAGCCACCACAGUUUGGUCCCUGUCAAAGUUACAUAAGACCAGUUUUUCAGCUUUCAACACUUGGACUAUAAGGACAAAGUGCUCAGUUAUUCAAUCAUCUCAAUCAGUUAUUAAUUCCACUUAUCAGUGGUCAUCAUGACACGGAUAUGGUCUGUUGAUCAGUGCAUAUUGUUAUUGUUCGUACCCAGACAAGUCAUUAUCAGCACUACAAAAGGCUUAAGAUAAGAUAAAAAUAUCUAACUUUUUAAAAAUUCAGAAAUUUUAGAGAUGACAUCUUUUCAAAUCAAUCAGCAGCUGAAAAACAUUUCAUAAUAUCCAUCAAUGGGUGAAUUUUUUGAUUUUAUUAACUUCAUUCUACAUUUAUUCUGCCUAUUAUUGUAAAGAUUCUAGAUUCUCCACAUUAAUGCUGCAUUCCAGUAACCUCGGAAGUAGGAUGUCGGAACUGGGAAUGACGUUACACCGGAGUUGACGGUGUUCCAGUUCACAAGUCAGAAAACCAAGAUGGACACCUACAGUUACCCGUUGUUAGCUGUUGUUUACAAUUGUCAGCUGUCGUCGCCAUUGUCAGUUGUUGUUAGUGGUUGUCGGCUGUUGUUAGUUGUUGUUCGCGAUACCAGUUGUAAACAAUGUAUAACAGUAUUUUACUCUUACAAACACCAUAGCACCAUGUUCACAGUUAGAUGUUGGGCAGUACAACAUAUACCAUUUAUUUAAUUUCACACAAACAAAACAGAAGCACUAAUAAAUUAAACAUUACGAGAGCUUUCAUUGUCACUCUUUACUGUUUAUGCACUGCGCUGCCAUCUUGGAAUAUGAGGUUGUCGUCAAGUCAGGGUUGGUGAGGAUCGCCUGACUUUCCAAGUCAGUAAGCCGACUUCAGGGGGUUGUUCCAGAGGAAUUUCCGACUCAGAGCUCAGAAAUUCUGACCUCCGAGUACAACUGGAAAGUAGCAUAAGUCUGUUUUGGCCAACCAAUCAGAAUGAGGCAGUUAGCCAUUUUAGCUCAGAAAUGGACUUGAAACAGUUUAUAUAAAAGCAAUAUCAUGAGAUCAGAGACAGAGGGUCAUGGUUGUAGAGGACCAGCCGUCAGAGUUUGGGUGUCUGCUGAGGGGGGGGUCCUUUAUGCUCUGAGGACUGUUCAGAAAAGGUCGACUGCAUGGCAGUGGCAGGUGGUCCCACUGAACUGAAUGAAGUAUCAGACCAACACAGACUGUAAAUAAGUCAUCCAAAGAACUCGUGCUAUGGCCUAAAUACCUCUCAGGUAACCGGCUAGGAAUCUUGACUCUGCAGAGAUACACACUGAGCAAGCAUUCAGAAUCCCAACACUUCAAAUUUGGCAACACAUCUCCCUCCUUAGCAGUUGCCUAAAGUGUAUAAUUAGCAUCUUCUAUUUUAGAAACAGGCGUCCCCAUCUCAGCACCCGCUAUCUCACACGUCUCUCUAUUUACCCUGGAAAUAUUUUUGGAAAAGCCUUGAGAAGUUAUUUGGUAACACUCGACUGUAACAUGAGUGUCUUCACACGUCGGAGAGAAUUAGUUCUGCAUAUCUUUCAAAACCCACAUGCACAUCCCCUUUCCCCUGUAUAAUCAUGUACAAACAUGCAGAAGUUGUACAACUUUUUUGAAAGUGGGGGUCCCCAGGAUACAGAGGUUCUAUUCUUGAAAAAUGGAGAGCAGUAUGUGCAGAAUGUCCCCUUUCCAUACCAUGAAACUACUUUUUUAAUGCUGUUGCCUCAUUCUUGUUGUACCUUCAGUGUCACGGCCUAAAAACGGUGUCCUUGCAAAGGUCGGUAUUAUUUUGGAACUGUUUUGUGACUGAACUUGCACACUAGCUCAAAGACUUUUCCUCAUGUAACCUUUGCGGAGCCCUUAGCACAGCAGAUCUUUCCAAAGUUAAAAGUUUUGUGCUGUAGUUAGGUUAUUGCGUCCAUAAUUGAUUUGAAAAUCAAGAGAUUAAUCCUUAAGAAAAAGUAAAUGAGCUCAAGUUAAAAAGAAGCAGUAUUGGAGUAAAGCAUGAGUCUCUCAUUUAAAAAAGCUCUGCACUGUGCAGUAAAGUAGUUUGCAAGUUACAGGGUGUAACGUGUGUGCCAACUUUUAUGAAGUUGAAGAGGGAGCUUAAUUUCAAGUUAAUUAGGACUUAAAGGAAUAUUCUGGCAUAAAAUUAAUUUAGGGUCAACCACACCGUAACACCGAGUUAGACACCCUGCAGUUCAAGGAAGAACAUUUAUGAUCAUUACAUUAUCAUUUCCUUGAAGUAAUAAUCACCAUAUUAAUCAUUUUGCACUGCAGACGUGGAAGUUCUUCUGCCUUAGCGUCUCAGUCUGAUUGCAUUUCCAUGAAGAAAUUAUCAUAAAUGUUCUUCCUUGAGCUGCGUCACCCCGCUGCAGUCUGCAAUGGACUGGCCCAAGGUCUCGCUACAAACAAGCGGCUGCUGGAAGAGAGUAGGUGAGUUGUGUUUAGUCUCUUUGCUAAAGAAAUUAGGCAAAGUUAAAAAGGUGUUUGGUGGCUAGUGCUGUGGCUGGGACCCUAUAUGUACUGUUGGUGAAGUUAGGUGUGUUUCUGAGCAUUAUUUGUGACUAUAGAGUGGUGUUUUGGUUAAGGUUUGUUUAUGGCCCCUCAGACCGCUGUGUAUUGCUAUCGUGCGGUCGAUACUAAAGUCUGUAUAACUUAGAGAAGCAAGCAGUCAUCAACAUUCAUCUCUUGAUGGGCUGUCUAACCUGGUGUUACAGUGUGUUUGACCCUAGAUUAAUUUUACGCCGGAAUAUCCCUUUAAGAGUAGCCUUAACUCACACAAUCUUCUCCUUUAAACAAAACCCACAGGCAGCAGUUAAAAGACUAAUAUGAUGAAGGGCACAAAGCGCUGACGUUACUGGUAAUUACAGUCAUUGAAGUUGGUCCUUAUUUGGUAGCAAGCAUCUGGCUGAGAUUUCAACAUCUGCGAUCUAUAACAAGGAAACCUACUCCCCGGGGGAGCUCAAAGGCCAUGUUCACUGUGAUUAGGGCUUUGACUGAUCUAGUUCCUGGUCACAUCAUGAGUUCAUAGCAUGUUGAUUAAAUAUUUGCUCUUGUGUAACUCUGUCAUGAGUUUUUGAAUGAGUGUGAUUUCUCAACAGCAGAAAAUUGUCAGUCUUGUGACUAACAAAUCACAGGAUAUGUAGGAGCAGUUUUGGUUUUGUUUCGUUUAUCUCUGCGACUAAAGUUUAGACAGAAAACACAUGAAAUUUGCCUGAAGGAAAGAAACUGCUGUCAUGACACAAACCUGAUUUUAUUUGUAAUUAUAAAAACAUGUUGAAACAGGUUCAAAAAUCUUGUUUUUAUUCCAAAACAAUAUUUUGUGUACACCUUUUCCUCUUUAUAACAUGUAAUAAAAACUUGACUGCUCAAAAAAAACUAAGUCAAGAUCAGUCAGUAUUAGUGUACCUCGCAGUCUCGCUCCCCCUCUAGCUCCCUCCCACCCUCACACUGACAGCGUGUGAUGGGAGGAGCUCCAGCAUGUUGAGCAGUUGUAAGCAGACUGUAGUACGACACUGUGUCAGGCAGAGGGAGAGUGUGGACCUGUCCUCCGUUAGAGCUGCAAACUGCUGUUUCUGUGGACUUUCUUCAGACGCUUUCUGUGGGAGGGAUCAGUUUAUUCGUGCCACUUCAAGGAAACUUUUUUAACACCUGAAGGAAGCUUUUUAUUCCCUGAGACAGAGGGUAAGUAGUGCUGUUAAAGAGACCAUCCUUCUGUUCAUUAACUGUGUGGCGCCUCGGCUUCAUGAAUCAUUGAUGUGAGUACGCUGCAGGUCUGGUUACCUAUUGGAGUUAUGCCAGGAUAACCUGUCAUUUCCCAGUUAGAGGGCUAUAAACUUUUUAUGACUAAGUCUGUGUGGGAUUCCUUGUUAGUUUCUCUCUGUUAGGGGAUAAGUGGGUGUGAGCUGAGACGCAACAGUCCCCCUCCCUCUUCAGCAGGUCUUUAUCGCAAAGUGAUAGCAGGGCAAGGGGGUCAUUAAAGACCUGGCCUGAACUCUCUCUCUCUCUCUCCUUCUCUCCUUCUCUCUCACUCUGUGUCCUGUGCUUGUAUUUGUGGGUGUUUGUGUAGGAGCUACCCUUGCAUUUAGAGAAGUUGAUCUUGGACUUAUUUUCUUUGGAAACACAGCUAUUUACCAGGGUGUGUGUUUGUAUUUAGAGUCUUUCUGGCUUGUAUGUUUCGUAACACAGAUGGCUCUUAGUCUUUAAACUGAGUCUCAUCAGGAGUGAUCCUGGGGCCUCCUCACAGAGAGGAGUUGGUGAAUUAAGCAGCUAGUGCACACAUACAUAAUAUCCAAACACUGGAAAAAUUGAGCAUCAACUCAGAGGAGUUUGGAAAAUCUGAGGGUUGAGCGCAAGAGCAUAAAUAUAAACACAGAGUGUGCAGUGUGUGGCGCUGGGUGUCAAAUCAUCGAACAGUUUUUGUGUUGUGACUCUAUUUUGGGUUCAUAGUGGGAUGCUGUCAACUAAGACACAGAAGCAUCAGGUGUUGCUACGUGAGAUUCAAAUCUCCCUCCCACAUGCUGCUGGCAGCACAAUGGAGACCGAUGCCAGACUUUUAGCAGUGUGGGUGGUAGUUAAUGGAUUACAACCUAAAAUGGAAAAGUUUGUCGUGAGUCAAUGGGAAGGUCAGCACUAGACUUUUGUGAACUCCUUUUCCUUACUUUUUGACUGCCAAGUACCUCUUAACUAAAAAGCUCUCAAGCUGCCUCUUUUGAGUCAACAGAGUUCAGCAAAGCUAACUGUUUUGUGAAAUAACAGGAACUAUUUGUCUUCCACAAGUGAAGAGAGCUUUAGUGUUCAUGUUCUCAAUGUAGUGCCUCUUAGGUACACGUAAAAAAAAGCCAGUGUUUCAUUUCAACUCAGUUUACAACUUCUUUUUAUCUCUUAUCCAGCAUCUGAUCAUGCAAAUACUCUUCUUUCUUGGCUUAGUGUCUUAUUUUAAAGGCUGGCACAGAGAUUUCUCUCCUCUUUGGCUGAUAGAUAUGAGUAUUGUAAAACUUUUCAAAGUCAUCACUGGUCAUGGAUGUUACUGUUUUUUUUGCUAAAUGGAUAUACAAUCAUGUUUUGCGCUUGUAGUUUGGCUCAUACGGAUGCUUCCAAUGACAGCCAAGCAGCGUGAUAUAGCUAAACGUGGAGUUCAAGCGUAAAACAAGGCUUACAGAAGGAGACCUGGGUAGUCAGGGCAAAGUUUUGCUAGAGGCUGAGAGCAAGCAGCAUUGGUGUACAGCAGGGAUCAGUGAGCAGGUGUUUUAAAUUGGCCGCCUUGUUGUGAGGAUGUGCUGUAAUUGGUUUUUAAGGGGGACUAGAAACAAUGAUCCAAUCUGCUGCCACUCAGCUGAUCACAGCUGGGGCGCGAGACUGAUAUGCGAUUCCUGCAUGAAUUAACUCAAAGUUUUAUUUUCCUUUCAUGGGAAAUGGAUGUGUAAAUAGUUUUUUUUUUAGCAAUUUGCUUUCACAGAGUAACUUUUGGGGGCGAGUUUCAACUUUCAAAUCAUAAACUGGCAUGAAACCCUCUGGAUUAAAAACCUGCCUAAAAAUUCAGAUCCUCAAGUAGUGAACUAAUGCAGCGUUCAAGUUACCUCGGAAGUCAGAUGUCCGAGCUGGGUAAUAUGUCACACCCGACUUACCAGCGUUUCGAAAAAGUCAAAAAAAAGCAAAAUCGGAGGCUGAAACAAGAUGGCUACAUCUACCAAACUUAUUUUAGUGCGUGCCUUGUCCUUGCUUAUAUUCGCACAAGGCAAGCACUAAAAUAACUUUCGUAGAUGUAGCCAUCUUGUUUCUGCCUCCGAUUUUGCUUUCUUCUGACUUACGCUGGUAACUCGGGUGUGACUUCAUUCCCAGCUCGGACUAGUGACUUCAGAGGUAACUUGAACGCAGCACAACACCCGAUGGCUGGUGAAAAAGAGAAGCUGUCAUGAUUUUUGAGAGUGUUUGAGCUGUCCACUAGCAGGUGGACUACAAUUUAACUCUUGUGACAGAGACACGUUUUGUUUUAUGGCCUCGUAUUUGGAGAUUCAUCAGUCUGCUGCGGGAGAAAAGCAUGUCUGUGCUGACCUUGGCCUGCUGUUUUCUUUCGCGUUGAUCCACAAAGAAAACAGCUGGCAGUUGCAUUCUGGAUGCCGGCGGUCUCCACAAUGAGCUGCCUGUAUGAUGCUGUCAGAAAAGCUUUGGCUCGUUGAUAAAGCAUGGUGCCUGACCAUCAAUACCCUCAAUCCAGAUUUCUUUGCUAAAAUCAAGUCAAAAUGAUGAUAGUGGCUCACUGAGAAAAAACCUUAGUUUUCCCAGAACAGACCUCUCGUAGAGCUUCAUGGAGUCUGCUGAGGAGAAAAUAAGCUAAGUUAUAAAUGCUGUUUGUGGAUCAUAAAGCUUUUUCUAAGCAGUGAACAACCUGUUGCAGUUUACUAAAUCUAUUCAGAGAAGACAAAAUAAAUCAUACAGUUUCACAACCGAUUAAUCUCCCACGCUGGCCUCAUAUGUAUGUACUUCCGUUUUGUCAGCAUAUCCCAAGGGCAUUUCUCAGCAUUAGGCCACUCUGAUCCCUCUCCUUCUCUGUUUGGAAAGACAGGUUGGCUCUCUCCCUGUCAGUGUGUGUGUUUGAGUGUGAGUGUGUGUUCAGGAAAGAGGGAAUUCAUUUUUUUUCUAUAUUUCUCUUGGUAUGAAUGUGUGUUUUGAAUGUUAUAUUAGACUUUGUAAUGGCAACACAAUGUCAAGUUACAGGGUUUGAAAAGUGCUGUGUUCUGCUUCAGAUCACAUUUUAGACUCAGUAACAAAGGUAUGAUUUUCAAUUUGUGAGAGAAACGGUUUUCUUUAAAGACAAAAAAUAUGCAUGCAGCAGUACAGCCUAAUAAAAUCAGCUUGUCCAAAGUUGGUUGUUGUCUCUUACAGGACAGAAAAUUCCCAGGAAUAACCGUUUUUUCGUGUUAAUUCUGUUUUUUUAUGAUUGGUUUGUUGAGUUUUGCAACUUCAGAUUUAAAUGACGGGAACUUUUGACAAAGCUUUUGACCUUCUGACCAGCUGUCUUUGAAUUACAGAUGUUAGGAUAUGAGUUUUCUUUCUUCAUGUUGGUCUUAGAGAAGUGAUAUAAAGUUUAUUUAUUUUAGACUGAGGAGUGAGUAUAUGACAGUCAUAGUUCUGCAUGAUCCUGAAAAUGUUUGAUAUUUUUCUCUGACUUUUUAUAGUUUGUUUUCAACUUGGACAAGGAUGAGGAGGAACAAAAAGGGUUAAUCGCUGAGGCAGAGGCGGGGUUGCUUGUGGAGUGGCCAGCCACUUGUAACCUAAAGGUUAAAUGCAGGCCUUCAGGGAGUCCUAUUACUGUGUACUCACUGAUGGGAACUCUGCAAACAUGCAUUCUGGGAGCACAGCGGGCUCCUCUGUUUAUUCCCAGUCCAGCACUGUGCCACGAUGUGGGAAAUGACUGAGGACAUGGAACAUGGCCAGAUCGCUGUGUUCAGUCCUGUCUGUCAGGGAAACUUAGAUGUGACUUUUAACCCACAACAAGCACGCACAAAAUAAGUCACAAAUGUCGCAAGAGCUCCAGGGGACCUAUUCUGUUUGUUGCAGUGACGUAUUCUAACCGUAAACAAGCCCGCAAAGGAGCUCUUUGGAAAACAUGUGGAUUAUGUUUACAUGCAUGUCAGCAUUUCUCGUGUGCUGCUGUGAGAACUGCAAAACUGUCUCUUUGAGGGUGUGUUUCCCACAUACCCUUCAGCAAACACCUGUUCUUCUUGCAUGUUUAAUAAUAAAGUUCUAUUUGAAACCUCAGAGCUAUGUGUCCAUUUAACCCCAACGUAGUGGACGACUAUUAGGUGUCACAUACAGCAAACAUGCAUCAGGUGGUUGUUAGUGGUCGGCCAUGUUGGUGUGUUUCCUGACAUGAGUUCUUGUGUAGUCCUGAUUAAUGGAAUCAGCCUGUAACCGUGCCCUGUUUAGCAGUCUGUCCCUCCCCCAACACAGUGAUUUGAUAUCUUUUUGCAUUCCAGGUUGUGCCCUUUACUCUGCUAAUGGUGCCACUGACCCUUACAGACAUUCCUGCCGCAAGUCUCUGAUCACAGGCCUUUAAUUGGCGUACUGUAAAUAAGCUGUUUUUGAUAUUGAUAUACGCUGCUGUCUUUGCAUAAAUAUUUACCAAAAUUUUAAGUCCUCUGAAAAAGUUAUUCCCUCUUGAGUUUUUUGUGCAAAUAAAGCCGCCUGGGUCAUGAAGGCAUCACCUUUCAUGUUGUAUGUUGCAUUGCUUCGCCAAACCCAACAGUUUUCUGUCAUUUCAGUGUUCCCAAUAGUGAUGUGUUUGCAGAGAGGAAAAAUACUUGAUCAGACAACAAGUAAUAUGCACUGCUUUCUUGAGCUCACCCUAGUUUUGUCAACACAGAUAUUUGCACGGUAGCGAAAAAGAUCCUGUUUUCUUUUGAAAACCUUGUAGAGACAGAUCUUUGACAUGGUAAUAUAAUCUCUCAGUGCCGUAUUCCUCCAGUCUUAGUGAUGGAAACGGAGAUAGAGGGAGGGGGUUAAAUGUAACUGAGACCACAGGACAGCAGCAGACUAAAAGCUUCCUGUGGCAGGACAGAGAGUAAGCCAGAGCUGGCAGACAGGCUGGCAGGGCAGAUGUUUUAGGUGAGAGGCACAGUAGAUAGCACAGUCUGAAUAAUUCAUCAGAUUGGAUUGAAGAUGUGAUAUAUUAAGACACAGCACACAAGCCGUCUUCUGGCCUCUUUCAGCACUUUUUGUGCAGCGUGAGUGGCUGCAGGGCUCUGAUCCCCCCCUCCUGCAUCUCUGCUUUCUUUCUGGCAGUUAUCCACUAGAGUCUGGCCAGUGGAGGAGACAGUAAUAGAUGUGCUGGCGCUGGGUCUAGCGAGGCCUCCAGACAUCUGGAGAGGAUGAAAAUGUUCGGCAUGCAGGUGCAGUUUAAGCUCACAGAACUGACACUUACAUGCUUUUUUCUCACCUGCUGUGACUUCUGCACCGGUCAGUAGAUGGUACCAGUUUAGGAAGCAGAAAGAAAGGAUGCGUCAUGGUGUACAGUAGUACAGUAAAUAUGUCAUUUGUAUUUCUGACUACAAACAUAAAAUGGGUCAAGAUUUUUCAUGUGAAAAAAGCCAGAAAUUCCAGAUGAAGAUUUUUGAUUGAGACACGAUGUUCUCAGUGAUCUUAUUUGCAGUCUGUGAUGUGGGCUGUGUUUUCUCAGUGUUUCUACCGAUUCUGCCUCUGCUUGUGUCUUUCUUAUCAUAGCUAAACAACAAAGUAAAAUAUAACCUGCCCCCUUAUUGGGCAAAAACAUUUGUCCUAUAAUGACAUAACAAUGUUUCCUUUAACCUGCACUUCACCAUUUUUUUCUAGUAUUAAGGAAUCUAAAUGAGAUUUUUUCUUUUCUGACUUAAAAGUUGAUCUGUUAUGAUUUAUAAUCAAAAGAAUACACUAAGAUUCUUUUGUGUAGGGUUGCAACAUCACUGACCGCUCCUACCCUAUUGUGUAAAAAGUAGGUGAAGUUGUCUGAGGGUGUGCAUGCAUGCUCUUAUAUCACAAUGAAGAGGCUCAACUUUCUAGAAAGAGUUCAUUUCACCUCCAUCUUUCCAUGACAUCAGCUGCCACCUACACGCAUCCUGCUAUGGGGGUCUGGGUGCUGUGUCAACGCAUCAGGAUCUCACACGCAAUCUAGUUUGGGUUUUUGCUCCACUGCAAAAAAGAAAAAAGAUGCUUUAACUUCAAGGCUUUCUUUGAAACCUUCAACAAGAUUUGACCUAGAAGUUUCACAAACUGUUUUGCUAUUUAAGACAUCAUUUCUUCCAUACAUUUUACUUAAAGGAAGACUUAUUUAUUCCAACCUCUCAGUUAUUAGCAAAUCAUGUGAAAUAGGAUAUCUGCCUGUAUACCUGCAGCCAAGCACACUGAACUCUGUCAUCUGAUAGGUUGCUAAUCCCCUUAUUAUGCUUGUCUGGUUAAAUAGAAGAGUCAGUCAGCCAUUUAAUUAUCUAGCCUGGAGUUCAAUGUGGGCUCCAGCACUUUGCUGCAUGCUCGGCUCUGUACGGUGCAGCUGACAGGGAAAGUGGAAAAGGGCAGAGAGAAAAAUGUGAAGUAUAAACAUGAAAAAUCAGAUCUAAACUGAGCAUUGGAGGCUUGACAGAUUUUCCCGUGGUUGCAUGAAUUAGCACGGCCCAUAGCGUGACACUCUUGAGUGACAAGAGUUCAUCUCCCAUAUAAAGUUUACCACAUAUGUUGCCCUUGAAGGUCAUGUCUGGUCGUCUUGGAUGUUGUAUAUCAAUGAUUGGAAUUUACCCCAAAUAUCAGCAUGCCAAAGGAUUCGCUGGAUGGCUCGGAUGACUGGGAUACCAAGGCCUAAGUGACUCCUGUGGACUUGGGGCAAAGAAUGCGUAGCUCACUAUUGAUCUUUGCUAAGUGAGGUCACCGUGUGUGGGGGGCAGCUGCACCUCUCUCAGACCCCACAUAAAGGGGAGAGCCAGGCCCCAUUCAGAUAUCUUAAUGUGGAGUAUGCGCCAAAUACAAAGGUCAAAUAAAGAUCUGACACGUUUCGAUAAGAGCCAGAAAUAUUGGCAUAAGGAAGCAUCCUUGCAAUGUUUGUUUGGCUCAGUUCCUAUUUACAUCCCUUAUAUAUUCUUCAAGUAAAGUAGAUUGUGCUCAUAUUGUUUAAAAAAAUGUAUUUCAGGUGGCAGUUGUGAGUACUUUCUUUUUUUUUCUUUUUAUUAAUCUUUUUAACAAGAAAAACAGCAACGGAUUCAUAAAAUGCGGUUACACUCAUAUCACAUUUUCCUGUUUCCCCCUUUUUUUCUUUUACUUCCCAUUCAUCCCAAACUCCCAAAACAAACCCAGGCCCUCACAAGGAAGGCAAACACUAGAACAUUGGUCUCCGUACAGAAAAAUAAAUCAAACUCAAAAUACAAAAAAUUGAAACAUGUGAAAACACAACAAAACAAUGACAAAAAACCCAAAUACAAGUAUCAUCACAUGCAGACAAAUAAGAAGGCUAAAGAGAAGGAUCAGUCCAGGGGCAAGGUCUGCAGUGAAUUUAAAUACUCUAUGAAGGACUGCCAUUUACUGACAUAUUUGGCUGAAGCACCCAUUACCGAGCAUGCUAUCUUUUCUGAUUGAAGAGAAAACAUGACAUCCUUAAGCCAUGAGAAAGGCUGCAUUGGGUUCAUAAAAGAAGAGCCAACAGAGAGACCAAAUAGAACCCGGAGAGGACCCAUAACAAUGUUUUUUUCCCAGAACCCUCGACCUGAUCGUAGAGUAAUCAUCUCAAAAUGUCUGUAACCUAGGACAGAGUACUUUCAUUUUCCUGAAGACAUAUCCAAGCAUUUUCAUGCACAGUGGCAACAGUUAGUCAGGGGUAACACAUUCAUCCAUUGGUGCUAAUGUAAUGACUAUUUCCUGAAAUUGCAGGUGAGGAUGAAGUGAUAAAAUAUUCCACAGUAAGAGUUAGACUGCCAGGGACUCAACGUGUAUGAUGACAUUACAGGAUUAAACCACUCCACAAAAACUGGCUUUGCGUGUUUUCCGUAAGAAAGAAACGUUAAAAACAAAGGAUGCAACCAUUCUGUUUUAUCAGCAUUGUAUUCCGACACAACUUUAAUUUAUUUAUUGAAAAAAAACCUUCAUAUUUUAUUUACAAAAAUGUAUCACAGCGCACCUUUCAAAGCACUACAGUUGUCCUCAGAGACUAAAAACCCUUCAAACCUAAGAGUAUGAUCUUAUGGGUUUACACCGUGCUUUGUGGACCAUCAAAACUCUGUGAAAUGUGUUCAAGGCGGGUCGGUAGAUCGUGGUUGAUGGACAUGUGGAGAAGCGGACAUUCUGAGCCUUUUAUCGGUCUUGCACAGUGAUGGAUGUGCGCAGCUCUUUGCCCAGUGGCCUUUAGCCUGAGCUUCUGUCUAAGCCUCUAAGCUACUGGAAUGCAUGCAGCUUCUUUCUGCAGACAUCAAGGGAGAAGAGCCACACCACUUUGUUUACGGCCUUUCAUGGAUGCCACAGCAGCCUAAUCAAUUUUGAAGAGGGUAAAUAUUUUAGUACUUGGUUGUCGUUGAUUGGUCAAUGUAUUUAAACAAUCUUCUAGAGUCAACAAAGUGCUUAUUUUCCAAAAUUGUCUUGUCUUUAGGAUAACAGAUUUUUAAAACAAAUGUCUCACAGCUUUAGUACAUAACAUAUCGAGUGAUCGUACAUGAACAUAUAAUAUUACCCCCAGUAAAACCACAGAAUUCUGCGGUCCCUUAUUUUAGGUUGAUAACAUUAGAAAUUUGUAAAGGUAAACAAGACCAAGUGAGUUGAAGUGCUGUUGGUUGUUGCUAUGUAAUUACCAGCACUCACUCGACAAAGGUCAAUAUUCCACUCCACUUAAUGCAGACACGAUUUUAUGGCAAUACGAGGCGACACUGAGAAUAGACGAGUGUUUAAGCAGGCUUGACCUACUUACAGUAGCCAGGACUGAAAUGGCUCCUCACCUGUGUCUGUGAAAUGCCAGAAGCCCUCAUAAAAACACAGGCCUCAACAUUUUCUCAAGCGCACCGAACAAUAUAAUCCUUUUUUUUUAAAUAUCUCUUGUAAAAAGCCCUUGAUGAAUAUGUUGCUUUUACUGGACUGGACUGUAUUCAGUCACAUUUUCUUUGGCUGUUCCUGACUCUUACACAACCUGUGAUCAAGUGACUACUGGAUAUGACAUUUAAAGCUAUAGCUUUGUCUUACUACAGCGUACAGUAGUAGGGGAGCGAGACUUUCAUGAGAGUAGAAGAAGCAUCAGCAGCACCCUGAUACCUGAUAAUUGAGUAGUGAUGUAGGCUUUCCCAACAAAAUGUAACCUUAAUCACAUUCAAGAUAGUUUUCAGCUAUAGGGACAGCAUGUGCAGUGAGCAGUCCUUUGGCUAUUCUGAAAGCAUGUGCUUCAUGUGUGUCAUGAAAAUGACAAGUGAUAAAAUAUAAGAGCAUUAUAAGAGGUUCAUAUGUUCAUAUCAUCAGUGGGUUCUGUAAAGGUGAUGUUAAGUUUUGCAGAUGAUUUUCACAUAGGAAACUUUAUAUAUAAACUUGCCUUGAUUUUUAUUCAGAGCAGCUAUUUGAGGUUCUUUUCAUUUUCCUGCAGCAACUGAGGAACUUAAAGUAACUAACAUCAGAGUGCAGCGGGUGUAAAAACAGCUGCAGCUUCAAGCUAAGGUCACACAGUAAUUGGUUAAACGUUUUUGUGUUUUACUUUGGAGCAGAGCGUGGAAUGUUAAGGUGAAUCGAUAGUGGCUUCAAAACUUGUCAAGAAGGAUCCAAAAUACUCGUAAUAUAAAUGAUAAAGAGUAAAAUAGAAAUAAAACUCUUCAUACUUCAAAUGAUGAUGGUUUUCUUCUCCAAAGAAAGAGGUUGAUUGACAAUUAAAAGUACAGAGUUUUGUCGUUGAAUUUAGUGUCUUAAAUUUUAAAUGUCUUAGUUGAAAACUUUCAGUUGAGUUCAGUUAGUCAUGUGAUUUCCAGCGUCAUGUAACAGCUUGAUGAGUUAGAUAAAAAUACUUAUGACACUCUUGGAAAGUAAAAGGUAUGAUUGCCUCUAGCUUCAGCCCUGUGCCUCUCUGAGUUUUAAAGUACUUUUGUGUCUUACCACUCAGACUCUGCUGCUCUUCUUUCCUCCACUUUGGCCCAGCCAGUAAUAGCAGUCCCAGCGUCAGACCCUGCUUUGCUACUUAACAUUUCAUCAGCAAGCUGCUUCUUCUGGCCCCACAUCUGCUAUGGAAAUUUGCACAGAAGGGAAAUGGAAUGAAAUGGGAUAUCAUUUCAAAUACUUUCCCUACUGAAACAGGGUUGAUUUAGGCCCUUCUAUGGGCUUUGAAAUAUAGAAGUGAUGAAAUAUGAAAUGUGCUUAUUCCAUUUUCACAGUCAUAUUUUUACACUUUUCCAUCAAUACAUUCUUAGCUUGAAAUUUGGGAUGUUUGGAGAGGUCAGCACUUGUGAUAAAACUCUUAACCUCUGACCAUGUGUCACAAACCCCAGAGGGGAAGAAGGCCUGAUGAAUUUAACUCCUCUGAACCUUGAGUUCAAGAUGUCUCCUAUCUCUGUUCAAUAGUUUAAUAAGAUUUUAAUUAGGCAAUUAAAGUCUUUGGAACAGCAUAUGGUCAUAAUUACUGCUGUAUGGUUCACUCUGGGAAAAACGAACCAUUAAUUACUCCUAGCUGGGUCGGGGGAUUGGGUUUAAAAUCGGUUAGGAGGAAAGAGAGAGUAAUUCUCUGCAGACUUCAGUCACCUAUCAGAAACAGAGUACAGACUUUUGAAUUUCUGUUGGACAGAGAACUGGAUUGGAUCGCCUCAGCUAAUUGUGAAUCAGUUUAUAAGCCUCUUUCUUUAAUUGUUGACUUCUUACUUAGCAUGAGCUCCUAAUUCACAAAGUAUGUAUACCUCAUUAAAGUUAGGAAAUGUUUCAACGAUGAGCACUGCAGUUCAUCAAACUGCUAAAGCGCUUGACUGUAUAGUAGGGCUGGGCGAUAAACCAAAAAUUUACUGAUACCGAAAUUUAUGACAAUAAACGUAAUUUUGCCCACGUCAAUGUAUUCAGUGUCAAAAAAUGAAUAUAAAAGUUGGUUUUGGUUGUGUGUAGGUAGGCUAUGGUCUCAUGUCCCUUUAAGAUGCUUUAAGACCCCAUCCAGCCCCUAACAAAGAGGGAAAGACAGGUGAGGAGAUACAGGACGGUUCAAAAGUUGUGGCGGCUGAACUAGACGAAGUUAAUGUGGGAAGGGGUGAGCAGCUUGUGAAAUACUUAUCGUCCAUUUAUUGUUAUCGAGGUGAAAUGCUCAAUAUAUCAUGAUAUUGAUUUGAGGCCAUAUCGUCCAGCCCUACUGUAUAGAUAGGUCAAAUUGUUUUGUACUGUAUCAGAGCCAGAUCAUGAUGCUGUCACAUUCAGGGGAACCACUUAGUAUAGAUCUCAGGAAUUACUUCGGGGGUAACAUACAGCAUGUUGGUGGUCUGUGUGUGCAGUAUCUAAAAGUUUUUUACUGAAGUACAUCUGACAGUACUCUCUUGCAACAUUCAGAACUUGCUACAAUGAUUGACUGCAGUUUAGUGUACUUUAGGGUGAUCAUACGUCCUCUUUGACCUGGACAUGUCCUCUUCUUUGCGGGCUGUCCGGGCUUGUCUGGCUUUGUCAGGGGAAGUUUAUAAAAUCCUUUAAAUGUCGGCGGUUUUGUACGUAAGUUUCAAGUUUGUGUCACGUGGACUUCCUGGGUUAGAAGCGUGUAAGAGACUCUCGAUCCAACCUGAAAAACUCUCAAAAUCAACUUUGUGUGACUCCAUGACUCUGUCCCCGUGUAGUCGUGUCCUCUUUUUGGGAAGUCAGAAUACGGUCACCCUAGUGUACUUAUCCCUGCUUCCCCUGUUGUAACAAAUGGCAGUUUAGCUUCCUUCAUUUGACAAUAAGGGGAGAUGGAGUUGUACUGCUCAUACUAUAUUUGGCCAAUGAAGUGGACACAUUGAGUUUAUCAUCUCUGCCAGAUCUUCUACUUUUGUAUAAUGAUUAACAGCAGUAUGACAUAAUAUCAGCAUUUGAGCUUCCUCCUCCUCCUCCUCCUCCGUGCAUGAUAGCAAUAAAAAGUUGCUACUCUGUGAACGUGGUCAGCUAUCAUCCAUCCGUGACAGAAGUGAUGUGUGAAUAAAGGGGAUUCAGGUGGUAUGCAUACGUCAGACCUCUGCUAUAGUUCCUGUAACGUCUGACUCAGAGAUAAGCAUUUUUAGAUCUGGAGGAGUGGCUCCAAGAUAAGCCAGAGGCAGUAAGAUGGGAGCAGAACUGUGUCAACACUGCCCACCUACACCACUACCCCCCCCCCGUUAAACAGCCACUCUGACCAUAUGUGCGAGUGUGUACCACCAUUAAAGCCUCUCCUGACAGACGAUGUCCUCCACUUCACACAUCUGCUCCUUCACACAUCUGAGAGUCCUUCAGCAAUGUGGAGGGUGAAGGUGUGUGGAGGGGGUGGGAGAGAGGGGGGGUGUUGUACACAGGUCGGGGGCCACAUCUGGGAGCAUGUGACGGGGGUUGUCUGAUGGUUGGGACAUAGGUGGGCAGCUUGUGUGUGUGUGUGUGUGUGUGUGUGUGUGUGUGUGUGUGUGUGUGUGUGUGUGUGUGUGUGUGUGUGUGUGUGUGUGUGUGUGUGUACAGGUGGCUUCCUGAGAUGACAGGCAUGCCAAGAGGUCACAUUUAUCUGUCCACACUUUUCCAGUCAACAGGCUUUGUGUGGAAUUUAAGCAGCCUUGACCCCCCCCACCCGGCGCACUCUUCUCGCAUGUUGAUGCUAAUGUUGGUGCCACCUGUUUAAGCAGUAUACGCACUGCUGCUAUUUAUAAUACAAAAUAGUCUUACAACUAGUGCUGGCAUUGGAUAGUCAUACAGUGAUAUGUAGUGAUAGUUUUCCUGUGUAUCAGGAUCUGCAUCACUGGAAAUGACUACUUUAGAGAGCUUGAUAAUUUGCUGUUUGGCUUUCUAUAAAUCUAUUUCCUCUUCUUGACAAAUACUGUACUUAGAAAAAUCCCUCAAAGUUUUUGCUCUAGUGUGCGAAAUGUCAGUUUUUGCAAUAUGUGUCUUGAAGUUAAUCACCUGGAAUGUUCAUAGUCGUUUUAAAGGAGGAACCUGCCUGUGGGAGUAUUACUGCAAGAGCCACAUGUAAAUGAAUCAAAACUAUUGUUGCACAGAGGACCCUCCUUAUUCCCGGCAGAGCUCCAGUUAAUGGACCGCAACCUGAACUGAUUAUGCGCACCUUAAGGGCGGUCAAUACCGCUAUAACUUAAUCAAAUAGCGACAAAUAAGGGUUUUAUUUAUUUCCAGCCGAGACGCGUGAUGCUUUUCAGGUUCCACUCACUCUCCUUUUCAAAAUCCUGUUUUUUUUUCCCCUCUCAAGUCACAGAGUCACAACCCAGUUUAGCACGGCUUGAAGUUGAUAAAAACAUCUCCUGAGUUGCCUUGAAUUUUUAACCUGUAGCUCUUUUGGAUUAUAAGAGCUACGAGCUGUGCUGAGCGAACUUUUGCGCUCAGGGGGUUAACCUCUUCUGACACAUGAAGGCCCCUCUAAUCCUGAGACUGAUGGGGGUUGAUAUGGUUGGUCACAGACUGUCAGGAAGUUUAUGGAUAUUCCUUAAGACUCAGAAGAACACUUGCCUUACUCCACACGUUUAUGGGAAAAAUAUCUAUUCAGGACACAGGAGGCAGUCCUUUCACUUUGAAUAUCGGUGUAUGGGAUCGAGUUAUAAUUGAAGGAAUUAUUACCAGCACAAGCUCAGUGUCAGUCUACUCUCUAUCAGCACUCGCCUCUUGUCCAAUCGUAUUACCUGGUUAGUGCUAGCUCUCAAUGUUUAAUAGGUUGUCAACCAUCUACUGAGAGAGCCUUAAGUUCAAUGCAUUAAUCUAAGAGUAUUGUCUUAAUCCAAAUAAAGGAGCCCGUCAGAACCUAUCUGUUUGAUAAGACCCCCUGUGUUUUAUAACUCCGUUAAAUGGAUAUAAAGCUGGAGGGUAUGUAUAGAGAGACUCCAGGAAGAUUUAAGAGGAGAUCAUAGAGGGAUGGAGAGUAUCAACUAUAGCCAGAGCACACAGUCACGUCUGUGUAGGGAGUGAAAGGGAUGAUUCAGUUUAUGCAUCAUGCAGGGGAGAGCAGUGAAGUGCAGGGUUGCAUAUAGAUUUCCGCGCUGUCAGAGGGGCCCUUGUUUUCUCGCUCACGCUGAGUCGAUCUCUCUCCACGUACUUCAGUCGGAUUCAGCUGGAUGCAUGUGGGCCUCUUUUUUUCUGACUGUCACACAAAGCCAGAAUUAAUGUUAACUUCAAGUGGUGUCUCACUUUGAAUUGUUCUAGACAAAGGGCACUAAUGAUGUCUAUUACAUGUUACAGUCUACUGGCAUCGGGGAGGCUGCAGGCAGGGGGCAUUGUCCUAAAAAUGUCAGACUGUGACCCUGCCCGCAGGUUUUGAAGGCAGAAGUUUGCCAAAACCUCGUCUGCGUUUGUCAUCGUGAUCAGUAGAAGUCACAUAGCUGUAGCUGUGGGGUAGUUUUCUUCAAUGUUCAGGCAUCCUUGAUUGAGCUGGGAGUAGAGUGAAAGAUUUUGAUCUGUGGGCUCCUCUGUUAACUUAUUCAACAUUAAACCGAGUUAUUUGAAAACUUUAUUAUGUGUUUUAGCCUAAUAAAGUUUUAUUACAAAGCAGUCUUGUGUGUCUCUCUGUUGCAGAAGAAAAAUCGCUCUUUCAGUCUUCUUCUCUGGCCUUCAUCAUGGCCUUUUCCUCCAAAUGUCAUGUUUGCAGGUCAAGUUUGGGGAUGUCUGUGUUUGCUACAAGUGUCAGACUGCUUAUUGACUCAGAGUCAGGAGCCCCUUGAUAGAAAACAGGAAUAGCUUCACUUGCUCCUUUUAGCCAUCGAUUUCCGUACCUUGCAUGAAACUGGAUCUCACAUUGGCUACACUUAAUGAGAGGCCUCCUGUAGUAACUGUAAUAGAGCAUUUGCAGUUCUGACUGGGAUGUCUGGCUAGUCUUCAGCUUAUCAGCAUCGCUAAAUUCUCCUUGAAUUCUUGAACUAGAAUAAUUUUUGUCCUGCAGCUUUGUAGUGGUGUUUUUAAAACAGGUUUGGGGCAUUGUGGAUAAAGAAGUUAGCCUGUAUUUUACAUCUUGAGUGUAAAAUAGAAAAGUUCAAAUAAAAGUUAAAUUGCAGCUACGUCUACUACGAUGAGAGGGGUGACCAGUAGACCUGCGCAAAUAUUGAACCAAUUUCCUGAGGCUUUGUUCACUUUUUAUCUUAAUCAAUUCCUCAUUCUGACUGAGAGCAGGCAGCACCAAAAUCCCUCUAUGACCUGCGGGAAUGAAAACAAACAUAUUACAGUGUCAUUUACAGUAUCAUGUAUAAAUACCAUUUCUCAACACUUGGUAAUCAAAGCCCGGGUUCAACUAAGGAAAGCGUGGGGCAGAAAGGCCUGUAAUUCCAGUAAUAUGAGCAGUUAACUGGGUGUCACCCGUUUUCAUUGUCUUAAAGCUUUUACAAGAUUUCCAAGAAAUCUCUGCUUUCAUUUCUCCUCGCUGCAAGGCACAAUAGAGAAGACAGGAGCGGUUCAGAUGCAGUGAUAAAGGCUGUUUAAGCACAAGGUUGUUACUCAGUUUCUGGUGCUAUUAUGUUCACCUAACCUGAGCAGUGUGUGAAUCUUGUUUAUGCAGUUUUCUGUUAAUGAUCAUACCUAAUUUACGCAAAACGAAAGCGAUGACAUUAGAUUACAGCCUCAGUUUUUAUAGAGAGGGGGUUAAGGUCAACUUCAGCUUCACAGAUGGUGGAUCUUGCAGCUCGGGUGAACUCAUUGCCUGAUUUCUGUAUUUUGUUAGGAUUAUAAAACAACUUGACAUGUCAUUAAGAGCUCAUGAGUCCGUGUGUAACAUGGGAAGACAUCUUUAGCCUUGAAGCUGUACAAAGUGCUGCCUGUAUUGUACCUGUAUAAGAUUAAGAACAAGACAUUUUUUUCAGUUUCCCAUUUUAUAAUAAUUUUGAUCAAUAAAUUGUUCAGUUCAUGGGAUGAAGAUACAAUAUUUCCUAUUUCUCAAGUUUGCUGAUGCAUUUGACAUCGUGUACUUUUGUUGUCAAAGAAAUUGGGGAAAAAUUGUUUGAUUCUUUGUCUUUGCAGAUCUCAGCUGUGGUCUGGCAACAUCGUGCAUGCAUGGAGGCUGACCGGAGGAGGCUUUCUGUCCUAUUUUGAGGUCACAGACAACCAUUUCAAACCAGCAUCAUCUUCUGCAGGCCACGGGGAGCGCAGAUGCCUGCCAUUUAAGAAGCCUAAAACUGCAGGAAGGGAAGGAAAACAAACACGGCUUUUGAAAGACGCUUCUCAUGAAUUUGCUUCAAACCUGAAAGGCAAAUACUGCAAGUUGGCUGGUGGUCCUGGGGGGGAGGAGGCAUGAGAGCAAUGAGUAUGGCUUGGCUCUGUCUCCCAGCCUACAUUGUCCUCCUAGUUGGUUGCCUUCAUACAGCUGUCACGGAAAACGAUGUCACUCCUCGUCUCUCCUUCCCUUACAGUAAGUUAUUUCCUGUUACUUAAUAAGCGAUACGUGGAGCAUUUACUCCUCCUAUCAGCUUUAUAUACAUCACUCCUUUACUUACAUAACCUUUUAGUGUUUAUUGUCCAACAUGUGAUUGGAAGGGUUUGUAAAUCAGUGUGCUCUCACCGGGAAAUGGUGGCUCUAACUUUGAUGACGGCACAGAUAGAAGUUAGGAGAUAAACCGAUCAUAAAACUCUCACUUUGGAGAUCAUGGCUGGAGUCAUGAAACCAAAUGUCAACUCUGACUCUUUUUGACUUCCAAUGUAAUGCAGUUAAUACUAUACAUUCCCAUGUACAGGGACGUUUUUUAAGCUACCCAGACUGUUUUGAUAACACAAAGUACACAAUCAUUCAGUUUCCACUACCCAUGCCUGAUAGACUAGUUUGGUGGUGCCCAGUUGCCUCUUGUUCAUUUAACACUACACCUCACAUGUGUCUUUUCUAGGAGCUAAAAGGCUUUAGAUGGAGGAAAUGCGGUUUGUCUUUGGCAUAAUGGUGUAAAUCCGUGUAAAUUCACACAGUGAAUGGCUGCUCCAUCAGAGUGGCUCUGUCAAGUACAUACAGGUCAGACAUAAUUACAAAAUGAAAAAGCCUGUUGUGCUGCGUCUACUCUGAGUGCUGAGAGUUAUUGCAGUUAUAUAAUGUGUAUCUUGCUGUUGGCUUGUGCAAUGGCGUAUCCUCCAGAAACACAACAAACAUGCUUGUCAUAUUUCAUCCUGAAAAUGUGUUUGGGAUAUUGUUAGUUUGCCUUCAGCACAGGAUGUCUGUGCAUUAUGAUUUACUACAUAUCCUUUUAUAUCUGUGCCAAUAUCCUGAGUGCCAAGUAGUGAUUUUAUCUGAUCUUGUUUUUUAAAAGGACACAUUAAUGACCUCCAGUUGACAAACUGGGUUUCAACAUGUAUUGUACCGAGGUUUCAACAUGGUAAAUUAAACUCAAUGAUGGAGUGUGAGAUCAACGCAGGACUCCAGUGACUGAAGUGUGGUUAGCGAUGCAUGUUUAGGCAUCAUUAGUGUCUUAAUAUCAGAGAUGAUUGUGCUGACAGAUCUUAUAAUAGACAAAGAUACAACUUCCAGUUUGGGGCUAAUUUGACACCAUCAAGCUUUCAAAUAGGUUAGCCAUCUUGCCUGUCUGAGCAUGUACUUUUCCUCAUGUGGGACCUCUAUACCAACAGGUAAUAUCUCGCACCUGUCAGCGUCAACAAAGCCCACAGCUCAGCCCUGACGGAGCAUUUCAUAACACCGCACAUCAUCAAUCACUCGCUGAAAAGACGCCUUGAGUUCACACCUCCUCAUUUUGAAAGAGGGAUUUGCUUUCAGAGCGUGCUGCCAAUGUUUAACAGUGUCAUAAAACAUGCAAAACUUACCAGACUUUGCAUGCAUGGUACUCUAUGAUAAUCCCAAAAGCUGAGUUUAUUAUAUUUCUAUUAUUUCAUUUAUUUAUCGAACCAGACUUUGUUGAAGUAUUUGUGUUGUCCCACAAAGCUUCACCUCACUGGUAAGCUAAAACCUUUCUAUGCCAGGUCACAGAGGGAAUAACCGCCUUAACAACAGAGGUAGUCACAUUCUGCCAUAAAAGUCAACAAGGAGUCAUUUCACGUAGGUUGACACAGUUUAGGACUCACUUGACUCGACAUGACACACUUAGUUCAAUGUUGGUGUUUAAAAGACCUUUUUGUUCCCUUAAUUUUAAGUUAUUUUUAAUUUAUUUUAAUGAAAGGCACAUACACAAACUUAAAUCAGCUGAUGAGGGUUAACAGGACCUGGUAACAGAGUUUGUCCUGUUGUGCUAUUGUCAGUUCUGCUACACUGACAUUUUCCAGCCUCCUGCACAAGGGCUUUGUCACAUUAUGUUUACAGUAUCAAAGCAGAGCUGCGGGCCCUCGGGACCUGAACUUUAUACAAGAGGAUCUGUCUGCUUCGAUCACGGUUUCUGGUCCUCUCUGUCCUAACUGGAUGCCUGUUAGCUUGACAGUUUGCAUGCCUUAACUUCAGUGGUGUGUGGGCGGGUCAGAGCUACAUAUAUAUGUAGACUCACUUCUACUCCUUCUCUCUCAUGCCCUCUGCGCCCCCUGGUCCCCGCCUCUUUCUUAAUGAAGAGGCUAAUCUGCCAUGAAUAAUGAAUGGGGAUUUGUAUGUGUUAUGGUGUGAACACUCCUCUGGUUCUCAUUAUGCGCCUAUCAGGAAGGAUCAUGGGUUCAGGGAGUAAAGCCUGCAUCUGCUUUUCUCUCUGCUUUGUUCCCGGCUUUAACGCAGACCAUGCUGAAUGGCUUAGCGUGCUGGAACACUAUCUAAAGACACACCUUUAAGCUGUUUCUUGUCGCCUGAUCCACUCAGCCCUCUGUUAGAAAUCACACGUGUGGACAGCCAUGCUUUAAUUUUUGGUUGCGGGCCUCGUAACACUGGGAGACAAUGGUCUUUAAUUAUUUAUAAGCUGCCAUGUCUAAACUGUCAAAUCAACCACUCUCAGGUAACUCAAAAUGACAGCAUUGUCAAGUGAGAUAACAGCUUUUCAAUAGUGCCGGCGCCACAUAGCUGAAGGGCAGUAUAUAGAGGCAGGAAUGCUUUAAAAUACUGCACAGACCACCUGUUCAAGACUUUGAUAUGGCAGCGUUUGGAAAGUCAGAGUAACAAGGACAGACAUUAUACUUGUUAUGACUGACUUUAGAAAGAAAUCUUUUGCAGAUGCUUCUGUUAUUUCCUGCAUAAGAUGAAUAAAAACAGUGUUAAUAAAUGAAAGUGUUACUGUUAUCAUUAAUUUAACCUAUAAAAAGGCUGAUAAGAAUGCUGUUGCAAUGUGAGGUACCUAUUGUUUUAGCUGAAUAAUACUUAUUUCUUGUUUUAACUUUAUUUGUUAAUAUUUUUAUGUGCAGAACAUGUUACUAAACAAUGAAGGUCAUGACAUACACCCCCCUCCCCAUACCUCACCCUUAGGAGGCAAAUGCGAAGGUAAAUAACAAAGGCUAUAUAAGACUACAGUUCACCAAUACAUAUAAAUCUAUACACUGAUUAAAGAAAUGAAUAUAUAAUUUAAGAGCCAGAGAAUAAUGUGAACAGAUAAAGGAGGAGAACUAUAAAUAAUAAUGAAUUGUAUAAUACUAAGAUUAAAAAGAAGAGGGGAAAAAAAACAAGAAUAAAAUAGACGAGUAAUAAAAAAAUUAAUAAAAAUAAAGUGAUGCUAAGAUUUCUGUUAUCUGUCCAGUGUUACCAGAUCAAAGUGACAGCAUUUCUCACCAAAUCCUAAAACUAACAUCUCAUAUGUGCACAGAUCUCAGUGCAGUGUUAAAGAUCUGACAUGUGUGACAAAUGACCUAGUCAUGUUAUAUUUCUCUGUAGGUCCAUGCAUGGAGUACCUGAUUUUCUCCAGGUUCAAAAACAACAUAACCUCACGGAUCCACUGAGUAAAAGUCGGAGGUGUUUUAUUUUUCCAAUCUAGCAAAAUGAGGUGACGAGCCAAAAGGGUUGCAAAAGCAACUGCGUUUUUACAGGAAACAGGUGGCUUAGUACCUUCUCCAACUACUCCAAAAAUUACUGUCAAGGGGCUAGGAUUAACGAUUUCAUUCCCUAUAAUACUUAUUUCUAAAUCAUUCUUGAUUUCACUUCUUGUCACUUCAGCACCAAAAAUACAUGGUACCUUACUUUCUAUUGAACACUUUUAAAAAGUAGUGGUGAAGACUGAAUAUAACAGAGCCCAGUGUUCAAAUCUUGAUUUUCAGUUUGGCUUUUCCAUCCAAAUAUGUCAAAAAUUCUCCUUUAACUUUAUCGAGGUAAUGGAAUGUAUCAUUAAGUUGAAUAAAAAUAUUAUAGAAUUUUGAAAAUGUCAUGAAAAGGUUUUGAAAAAGCAAUUUGCAAUCUUUUAAAAUGAAUUAUUGUCCGACCCAUUUCAGUGAGAUGAAAAAAUAUUCCGUUUUCAUAUGUAAAUGAAGUUUUAAACACACCUUACAGCAGGUGUUGGUAUUAUCAGAGUAUUUGAAGAACACCUCACUUGUGUGUUUCUUUGCACACUGUAAACACGCUGCAUGCUGUGAGGCUGAAUCAGGUCAGAGAGCUGCUGUACAGUUGAAAAUAUGUCACGACCUCAUGUACUCUCUUUGUUCUUGAUGCUCCAGUGCUGCUCAGAGCGAGAGGUCAUGGGGAGUUCCUGAUGAACCAGCAGCUGGUUUGCAUUAUUGUGGCUAAUCUGAGGUCAGUUUUUGUUGCUCCCUGACCAAGAGAUCACCCUGUCAGGUUUUUUUUUCUUUCAUGGGAAAAGAAUUCUGCAGAGCUGUGAUACAGGCUCAUUUAAAAAGUGCAGGUUUAAUAGAUUUUAAAUAGGGUGCUUCGUUUAAAUGUUAACAGAUGCAUUAGCUCCUGUCUCCAGGUAAAUUGCUUCACCAAAACCUUUUAUUGCUCGUACCUGCUGUGAGAAAUACGUAAUGCACAUACUUGACUUCGAUACUUCUCAGUUUCUCAAACAUCAAGAGUAUCUGAAGCACGAACGAAAUGACUUUCCUGAAGCUGUGCUCAAAAUUGCUACCAAUCUCAGCAUCAGCAUGGUGCGCGGGAGACAACAUCCUGCUAACAAGAUGACCCGCAUGUUAUUGAUGCAAACAGCAGGUUCACAGCUUGCCAAAUGAAUGUCCCGUUGAAUUGACCCCGUUCUCCUGUUGUCUCAAUGCAGUCCAGAUGCUUCAGUAUCUGACCUUCAGAUUCCCAGAUCUGCUCUCCAAAACAAUUACCCAGCUCCUAAUAGGUGGUUAAAAGUGAGGAGGGGAUAAUCUAGUUAGCUCUCUAGUGUGAUCUGCUUUUUGUCCUCAUGUCACUGCUCAGUGUUGUGGUGUUGCUCUGGCGUUGACCCAAUAGGAUUCUCGAUGGCACACUGGUCAUAGCCUCAACAUAGGCAGAGGGUCGUAAUCACUGUGCUGUAAGUGAUAGGAUUAACAAGUGUUCAUCUGUUUGAACACACCGUAUAGAUAAGGGAACCAAAGAAAAGGCAUUUAUCCCCAGUGUCCUGUCUGAAACACCUGAUCCUUAAUCCUCCAAAGUCUCAUCUCUGGUUUUUGUCUCUUUUUUAAAAAAACGUUUACCUUUACUCUUCUUCACCUAACAAAUGCAACCGUUUGUUUUGUUGUUCAUCCCUUUGAUUUGCAAGUCUACAUUUUCUAAGCGGUUUUGUGGACAUUGAAAAGGGACAGUGCUAAAAAUAUAAUUUCUAAAAGUGCACCACAUUAAAUAUGUCAGUGAUUUAAAGGCACCAGAUAUCAAGAUACAGAAAAUGUAACAUAUGAAUCUUAAAGCUCUUGUGAGCUGCUUUUGGGUGGUGUCAGUUUUGGCGCCCCCCAGUGGGCAAGGAAGUCUUAUGUUUUUUUUUUUUGUUUUUUUUUUGACAAAAUUCUUGUCCUGUCUUAUAUUGACUGUUUAUAGUGAAUAUUUUAUGUGUAAAUUAUUAAAAACAGGACUAUUUGUCACACCAGUUUCAGUCAUUAAAAAUGAGGAUAGAGGAAUGUCCCAUCUUAUCACUGAUUAUAUAUUUUUUUACUUCGUUUUGCUUUUGCGUGACUUGAAAAAAUUAAAAAACAGCAAUAUGAAUGUAAGACUAUUUCAUAAAUGUCAAAAACUUUUUGUAGAAGCUUUAAGUUAUAAUGUAAUGAAUUCUUCCGUUAUGACCUCCCUUCAUAGUGUUAUGGAUGAAGUACGUAUAUGUAUACUUUAUAGCUAUGUAAAUGUACUGCAAUUUUAGUUCAAUUAGAUAAAUACUGUAUAUAAUCAAAUGCAUUAUUUUGUUUUCUUAGAGGAGCAUUGUUUGUGCACGAUUUCAAAGCAAACGUGGUGUAAAUGUGGGUUAUGUUUAUACUCACGGGACUGGCCCAUAAGUAGUCCAUUAAUCGCUCUUGGUGAAUACAAAGAUUUAGUAACAUCACCUUGGCUCACUACCUUACUCUGGAGAAUUUGUCCAUAAUUAGCAAGUGAUAGUGGGUCUAUUUUGUGUAGCAAUGCUUUUCUUGUAGUUUUACACAGAAUGAACAAGAACUCCUGCUUUAAAUACUGUCAGAAAUCCUCUAACCUCCUGAAAGUACAGCUGUAAGAGCUGAUAAAGGCAGCACCGUUAUAUAGGAGGGCACAGAUUGAAUCAGUCUGUUAUAGUUGCUUUACAAAAGAAGGUACUUAGAUCUCCGUCACCAAAAGACAAAUUACUCCACAGUUCCUCUCUGGAGGGAGAGCUCCAAGCUUUUAAUUAUCCUCCUAUUUUUUUAUACCAUCGGAAAAUCAGCUGCAAAAAUGUAGGAUUCCUUUAAGCCUGAUGUAAUUAAUUUCCAAAUAGAUUAGCAAGCCAGUCUAGGCGGGUAUUUCAAUCCAUUUAGCGGUGUCAUUUGCAGAAAUUACUUUUAAUUACAUAAUAAUGGCAAUGAUCUCGUAUUGCUUACAGCUGCCAGAGUUUGAACCUCUGUGUGGGAUUUUUCUUCACUUUUAAAAAGGGUCAUGGAAGAGCUCUGAACCUGAACAGGCAGCUCUCUCUAGAUCUGAGGGCUGGUCGUGGUUAAACGGGGUAAAGUCAUCCCGCUCUGCCUGUGGCUCCCUCUUUGUGUAGUGUUUAGUAGUUGGACUGAUGGUUAUAUGUGCUUGACCUUUGACUUGAAUCGGUCAUCAAUCAAGCAAAGAUAACAAGAGAGGACAGGAGUUUGGUUUUGUCUUUUUCUCUUUACCGCAAACUAUAAAAUCAGGGGGCGAGGCAUCUGGUCUCCAAAUUGAAACCAGCGCAGAAGUGCCUUAAACCUCCAAGUGUACUUCUUUGAAAAAGAGAUUUUGUGUGUGCAUGGGAAUAUUCCUAAUCAAAUAAAGGUUUAUAAAAAUGAAAAUCUACUUUACUUUCAUGACCUACCUACUUCUCUUUGAGCUGCAUUUCUUACACAUGUCAAAUUAAAUGUAGGUCAUGAUGUUUCGUUUGUCAUUUAUCCAGAUUUCUCCUUCAGUUUGUCAUCUGCCCUGUCAUCUUUUGGUAAUUUGGAUGGCUAAGUGAAACUUUUACUCUGAAGACUUGUUUCAAAAGCAAUGAGAAAUUCAGAGGUAGAAGUCAUCAGGGUGAAGUUAGUAUCUGUUCUUCUUCUAAACAAUGUUUUCUUAGACGUUCUUUGAAACACCAUGUAUCUGUGGCUGGGACAGGUCUAAGCUCCAGGAACUGUCCUCCUGACUGAUUCUGUACUUAUCAUGUGCACCACAACAUUUCUGGGGAUGCUUUGUCAUAAGAUGACCCCUAAGGAGACAGCCUCAGACAGACAGACAACAGUAGAGGGGAUUUUUUAAGAGACUGUGGUGUGUGACAAGUUCAAGUAAGGGAAACCCAUUCAGCUCUCCUUGCUUAUGAUGCUGUUUGAGCGUGGCUGCACGAUGUUUGACCUCCAGCAGUUAUUCUGUCAGGGUUUCGUGGUCUUAGGACUGUUGUGAGUCAUCAGAGCGAGUUUCUUUGAUUUAAGUAUAACUGGGUUUAUUUUUCUGAUUAGAUAAUAAUCUUAUGAAGCAAAGUUUUGUCCAAAAGGUUGAUCGAUGGUGGAUCCUCUUUGAUAUUCUUUUGUUCUUAAAAAAUACCCUUCUGGUCAUUUCUAGAGUCUAAUUGUUAUAUAAGCUGUAUCUUUGGAGUUCUAUGAGGCUUUACACUUUAAUUCAACACAAACACUCGAGAACAGAAUGAACUCUGCUUUGAUUUCCACCAAAAAUAACAGUUUUAUCAAUUUCACAAGAUCAAAUUUUAGGGUAUAGAAUCAAAACAAUGUGAUAAAAAGAUGCUGUAAAUCUUACACAUUAAACAUUAUGAGCAUAUAAGAUAUCAUGAAGCAAAUUUCACCUGGGGGGGUGGACAAAAUAUGAUUCAACAACAGCAGAAACCAAAGAGGAAUAUUGCAUAUCAACCAUUCGCUCUUCACCAAAAGUUGAACAGUGUCUUUCUGAAACUGUGAAUGGAAAGCUUUGUGUGGUCAUAAACCCUCCCAGUUCUCUUUAAUGAUACUUAAUUAGGGGCACUAUUGUUUUUCAUUGUUCGCUGUGGUCGCUAAGUAUGACGGUGCUGAUCUUACUCCAGAGAAUAAUAGAGCAGAUAUUCUUCUCUGAGUAAAUCCCUCCGAGCUCUUGUUUUGAUUCCAGCUUUGGCCUUUGUCUUUUGCUCUCUGUAAAUCACUGUUAAAUACGCCCAAGGCUCUGCAGGGAGGAGAACGGGGAAGUAAAAGUACCAGCACUCAAUUUAUCUUGUAAUCACAGUGAAUGAGAGACAGAGCGUCCCUAUGGGUCCAUGUACAGGACACAGAACAGAGCCUCUCGUGGUUUUACAAACAGAUUUAGCUGCAAUAUGGCUCUCUGUUGCCGCGGUGAUGGGCUGCUCUUAACAAGUUGUUUUCCCAAAGGAGAGGAAGUCUCUCUGCCUCCUGCACCUUUCCACUCAGGUGAGGUUAUUCUAGGUCACAUGUCCUGCUGGGUACAUAGCGGAUAUGAACUGCUUAUUAUCUGUACGAGUUAUUAACACUUUACUCUUUUUAGGCAGGAUCAGUUUUGUGCCAGAUUGUCUUAAACAAGUUAUACUUUAUGUUAGGGAACUAGAAGGGAGAGAGGGGUCCAAAAAAACAUGAACUCUGAGAAAGGCUGUGGUGUAUUUUGAAAGUAAAACAAAAUGUUGAACCUGCGCUUAUUUUUAAACGCUCUCUUAGAGUGGAAGUUAAUGAAUAAACCAAAAUCUCCUUACAAACAUAAAAAUCUCAUUAUCAAGGAAAACAAUAUUAGAAGACCUCCUCCAAUAAAAUAAGUGGAGUUCUUAGGUCUGUUUAUCUUCUCUCAUUCGUCAAAUUAUAGGGGCAAAGGUCCCAUUUUAAAGCUUCAGCCACGUCAGGUUUCCAUCAGCUCCCUGAUUCUGUUUAUGUUGGCAUGUAAUUGAAGAAAGUUGUUCAAACCGGGAGAGCAGUGAAAGACUUGAGACCGCGAGUCUGAGAUACUCACAUUGCCCUGAGAGCAGCGAUUAGGAGAAGUGGGGCCCUAACCCUUGGCUGGGUCAGGAGGUGUUAAUGAGGUGGGAGCAAACACAUUUGUUCUGUCUGAAGUCCGAGGGAUUUUGUCAUCACUAUUCUACAUGCAGAAAUGCUGAAUGUCUCUCUGUCCACUCAGCCUAGACCUUUUAUUGGGCAGUAGAUUACAUGUAGCAGCUGUGUAGCUCCUCAAAGUUGAAGUUGUUUGUACUCAGAUGAACUGAAAUAAUCAAUCAUAAAUAAUGAUACCACCAGAGCAUCCUUUUGGCCCGGAGGUCUGAUAAGAAAAUAAAGAUACAACAACAUCCUGAAUCUGAGUCUGGCACUGACUUCUGUUACAUGUCAUCCACGUCACUAUCCCGGGUUUGUGUCAGCUCCCGACUGUGAUCUGUUUCUGCAGCAAGGAGUUUGUCAUUAAACACUAUGCGUGUUUUUUUUUUUUUCCAUAUUUUUUUUGGAAUCUAAUUUCCAAAACUGAAAACGUGGAGGCUGUGCAGUCGUCAUGAGAAAAAAGCUGAGACUCUGAGGCUUGUCAGGAGUGACACAUUAUGUGUUUAAUUUAGACACAAAAUCCUGAGGAUAUCCUUGGUAUGCAUCGAGUUUUAAAACCUCCUCAAAAUGCCUUCAUUUGUAUAUUUCAGUGUCUAAGCUUUUAGCAGUCAUACUGUACUGUAUGAUAGCCUCUUUAUAUCUAACAUUCAACAGAUGAAUUCACGAAUUAUCUUUCUCUCUGCACAGAUGCAAAGGAGAGGACAACCAGAAGCUUCUCAGUCAGCGGGGUCUUGAACUAUACAUCCCUCCUCCUCAGUAAAGAGGACAACAUGCUCUACAUCGGCGCCCGGGAGAUUCUCUUCGCUCUAAACCUCACUGAUAUCAGUGCAGCCAGGCUACAAAGAAAUGUAAGAGUCAGGUGUCUGUAAACUGCCGUUUCAUUAGCAGUGUACUGUAUCAGCGUGAAUGAAGUUACAGCAGCCUCUCAGAGGUACAACAGGAAUGUUUCUGUGAAUGUGAUACAGGCCCAGAAGUUGAAUGUGAAUAUCACUCAUCUCUUUGUCUUCCUCCUGAAGUAUCAGUCUGACAGUCUUUCUCUCCUGCAGCUCACGUGGAAAACUACGCAGACUAAGAGAGAUGAGUGCAGUUUCAAAGGCAAAGACCUGCAGGCAAGUGUACAAGCUCAGCUCAACUCAGAUGGCUCUUACUGUAUUUACACGACUGCAGGUUUGCCUCUUUAGUCACACGCUGUUGCACAACACAGAACAAGAGCAGAAUCCUGUGAACUUCCUGUAAAGUGGUAACUUUCCAUUCAAACAAUGGAUUUUUCCAUUCCUUUUAAGCAAACAUAAUCAGUUACACUCUUGCUUUUGUAAGCUCUCUUCUCCGCUCUUAAAUGUCAACUGAGACGUAAAACAGGGUGAAUCUGUGAUAAUGGGUGUAAAGGAGCACAUGAACGUGAACAUUAGAAAGACACAAGUUUGCAGUUUGUUGUUUUUGCGUUCAGUUUUUGCUGACUUUGUUGAAGUCUGCAGAUCAGAUAGAAUUUCUUUUUCAUGGAAGAAAACAGAGAAAUAUUUGUAAAAAAUGUAAAAAAUCUCCUUUCAUAGACAAUAACAUUUCAUUUCUCUUACAGACGGAUUGCUUCAACUACAUCAAGAUUUUACUCCGGUUGAACAGCACUCAUCUGUAUGUAUGUGGAACAUACGCUUUCAGUCCCACCUGUGCUUACAUAGUAAGUGUUUGCAUUGAGCAGCCCCCUCUGUUGCCUUGUUUUUGUGGGUUUUAAAAUCUGUCAUUUGUUGUUUUAUUUAUUAUUUUGCAGACCGUUAGAUUUGAUGUUUACUUCUUAGAUUCAGAGGAAGAGCAUCUCAAAUCUGCUGCUGCUUCCUGCCUCUCAGUUCACUUAGCAGUCUGGCAGAGACUCAAGCCAAGCUAGAUACAUUAUACUGUGUGCACAUUAUUUUAUUUCCUCCUGUGCCAGAGGGAAAUGGAUCCAAAUAUUUAAUGCAUGUCAUAAGAUUAUAUAAGAAUCGACCCAGUUUUUCAAUCCUUUCCCACAAAUCUUUAAAAAAUCUCUCAGAGAAUCCAUAACAAACAUACAGGCAUGACCUGCGCUUCAACUUUACUCCGAGACUGACCGCCCAUCUUCUCACUGAGGGACACACAGACAGCGGCCACUGUCAGAGCAGGUUACAGCUCCGUGACUUUGCGGUGAUAUGUGAUGUGUGUCUGUGUCCUCUCCAGAACACUGCAGACUUCUCCCUCGUCAAGAGCGACACUGGUGAGAUUGUAACAGAGGAUGGACGAAGCCGCUGCCCCUUCAACCCCGACUACAAGUCCACCGCCAUCAUGGCUGGUAGGUUUCUUAGCAGCCGCUGAGGUGAAGCUUUGUCCAGAUGAUUCAUCUUGUAGAAGUUCAUUAAAAACACAGGAGGUCGACACUGACACAAAGCUGAGGCGUAACCUAUGCAUUUAAUUUCUUUGUGCGAUGUUAAAGAUGCUUGUUCUUUGUGGUUACACCGAUCUUCCUCACUGUGUUGCAGAUGGAGAGCUGUACGCUGGUACUGUUAGUAAUUUCCAAGGAAACGAACCCAUUAUUUACAAGAGUGUCAGCCAAGGAACUGCUCUGAAAACAGAAAACUCACUUAACUGGCUCCAAGGUAUAGUACUCUACCUUUAUAUUAGUGCUCUACAUCAUAUCUUUAUGCAGUAAAAGAGUAGCAUGUGUUACUUCAUGAUCAGAAGUAGGAAAAAAACAUCAAAUUCUGAUGAAAAUUGCUGUCUGUCAGAGUCUGUGUUGCAGUGAAGUUUUCUACAGUAGGCUGAUAUCAGAGGGAACAGGGACAACUGUGUGUGAAUUUCAUAACCUGCAGGAUGACAGUUGUGUUUGUGUUGUUUUCUCUCAGACCCGGCCUUUGUUGGCUCUGCCUACAUACAGGAGAGCCUGCCCAAGGGCAACCUAGUGGGCGAUGACGAUAAGAUUUACUUCUUCUUCAGUGAAGCAGGAAAGGAGUUUGAUUUCUUUGACAACACCAUUGUGUCACGCAUCGCUCGCGUGUGUAAGGUGAGUGAUGCUUGAAGGCAGAUCUGAAGGGGCCUUUUUCCCCUUCAGCAACCAUCCUUGACACCCCCAACCCCCCAACCCCCAUCACUAUAGAAAUCCACUAUGAUAGCAACAAGCCGUUUGUCUUUUGUGUUCAAUACAGCCUCAUAAACAGAUAUACGGUAUACACUCAGGCUUCAGCCUUCAGCUCUAAUAAGAUGAGCAGAGCUCACAGACCUCUGGGCAGUGACGCAGAUUCUCUGGUUACAGAAAAACAUUCCUCCUGCGUGUUUCCCUUUAUUUGAUUCUUUUUCCUCCCUCAAUUCUUAUCGAGUUUCUCUAAAUAUUUGCACUCAGGCAGGACUCGGUAGCCAACUCAAAAUGUUUGAGACUUUGGUAUCACCUGCUAAAAUACUUGAACCCUGGAUCUUUAAACUACAGCUCAGACCACACACAGCAUUUGUUUUUGUUUAGGGCCUUCUUAGUUUUUAAGAUGUCUUUACGUCACAUACCAGCGCUCCACAUCAGACAGCUGCUCGUCUCUGCUCCAAACAGUCAUGUUCAUAGGACUCACAGUCAUAGGAGUAUAAAAAUACUGGCUGACAGUCUGACAUUCCCAUAAGAGAAAAUAUGUCAAGUGAGUGUCACUGUUUGAGAACAGCAAAGACUUGCAUCAUGCUUUUUUUCUCAAUAUCUUUGUGCACAACUUUUUAGGAAUCUUCAUGGAGAGCUCGUAUGUUUCUUUAUUUAUUUAUUUUUGUCUUCAGGUGUCUGUCUGACAGUCACAAAAAGGCAGGACUCCACCCACAGUGUGUCAUAUAUAGACCUCUGAGCUGUACUUCAAAGGCCCAGUCGUGAAUCACAGGCCAGUUGAAGUCAGACACAGCCCACAGGUGAUAGUGUCAUCAAAUACUGCACUCAGUUAUUUCAAAGAUCCACCUGCAGGAAAUCAGGCCAGUUAACAGAGGCAUGAGAGAAGUGACUCACCAGACUCAUGGGUUUUCUCACGUAGGGCUAAAAUACGUGCUGAAUAUAAAAUAUCUGAGGUCACUUGACCCUAAAGGAAAUGAACAAUAAGGUGUGAUUUUGUGGGGGUGUUCCUCCCACACACAUGUGAACACUGUAAAGCUGUAAAAUGAUGUAAAUGCUCAGAGGAUAUAUGGAAUUAGUUUGAUUUAAAGAACAGAAUACACCAAUCACAGUUCAGACAAUCUCUAAAUUCUUUCUGUUUCCUUCACCCUCUUGUGUUUCUUGGUCUUUACAUCUUCCUUACCACUUGUCUGUGUCGUAAUCUUGGCUUCGGUCCCUCUUUUGCUUGUUUAUUCAGGUGUUUGGCUAGCAACUGAAUGAUAAACAAUGUUUUGCAUGACACAAACAAAACAAGCACGUGUUCUUGUUUGCAGAAUUAUUCCGUUUCUCAGAGAGAAACCACCGUUUAUUCCCUGCCAUGUCCGUGGCUUUUUUUUUUUUUUUAACAGCCUCUUGAACAAGGAAAGCUUUUACAAAAGAUUAAUGAAUGGGAUGCAUUUGCUUCAAUUAUUCAGAAGACAGUUUAAGCACAGAGUGGCAUUAAAUUAUAAAAGUAGGUACUAGGAGGACUAGAGAAAAUGCUGCAUGUUGCUCAUUAUCUGCCUGGGUUACUUCACUAAGUAAUCACUUCAGCGGUUCAGUAUUUGGCAUGUGUCAUUUCCUUUUCCAUCAAGUGCUGCCAUUUCCUCUGAUUAAUGUAAUGCGUAAGUGAAUUCAACUCAAGCUUGAUGUGAAAGGUUUUCAUGUGGUUUAGAUAAUUAAGUAUCUCUUGUUGGUCCCUAAGCACAAGGCUUUUUAAAAACUUUGUUUUCCCUUUACGAGAAAGCUGUUGUUUCAUCUGUGUUUGUAGGAAAUGUAAAAACUGUUAUAAUGAACUAAAUAUAAAUGCUGAUUUCAACUUCAUCCACGUCCCAGGAUUUGUUUUAGUCCAUCAAGGCUCCUGCAAUACAACUAUCUUUUAGCUAAAUCAGCUGUUUUUACUGUUUUAUGAUCUAAAACUUGGCUUAUUCAGGGUUAUAGUUUUGGCUAUUAACUAUUGUUUGACUAUGUGACAUUUGUGACAUUUCUUAAACACACAACUUGAAGUGCACAGAAUUGUGAUUUUUCUGAUCAUGACAAAAUACAAAAAAGACAGCUAUUUUCUGAUACAAGAGAACAAACGGUGUGUUUUCAAUGUCAUGGUAUGUGAGUUAUGCCAUGGUAGCACACCACACGGUGUACAUUAUUAUUUUAUGCUUUUUAGAGGCCUGUCAGAUCCUAUCAUAUCAUAGUGUCUUUUUUUCUUUUUAAGAAGCUCUCUGAACAUCAUCUCCUUACACACAGGUGUCAGUCUUACACUCCUGCGCCCUCUACUGGCUGCUUUUUGAACUGCUCCAAACCUACACUGUGAUUUUUUUGUGCUCUGUAGGGGGAUGUAGGAGGUGAACGAGUUCUGCAGAAGAAAUUCACCACCUUUCUCAAGGCUCAGCUCCUGUGCUCUCUGCCUGACGAUGGCUUCCCCUUCAACAUAAUCCAAGACAUGUUCGUACUGACGCCCAGCCCUGAGGACUGGAAGAACACUGUGUUUUAUGGAGUCUUUACGUCUCAGUGGUGAGGACAGCAUCAAUGAGACUUCCAGAUAUGAGCCACUUAAAUGCCUCUUUCUUCCAGAUAUUCUGCGCAAAACUUUGAUGGAAACUAAAGAGUGAAGAUUGAAUCGAUGAAAAGGGUUCACAGUGUAAAAUCACACUAAUUUGAUAGUAUUUUAGUACUCAGUGUUUUCAUUGGUGAAUUAUUUCAGAUGACCCAGGAGUCACUUCAAUCUAUGUUAAUUUAAAUAGUCAUAUUGUAAAGUAAAGUAGGUCUUUUUGUCAGCGCUGAAAGGUAAGAGUUGUUUUUAGAAGGCUGCAGCUCAUGUAAACUUGGUAUAUUUGACUCAGACUUUGUACAAAAACACUUAAGUUUGUUUAGAGAACUAAGCAGAUUGUUUGCACACGGACUAAAGAGUGAGCAAAGUGUUUCAAAACUGUACAUCCAUUUCAACACAGAGUUUGUCUUGACCAUAAGUGUAAAAAGUCUCCCAAUGCACGCCUUUCUUUAAAUGUUUUUUUUUUUAACGGGUGAAAUGUUUAUUUGUGUCAUACCAGGUACAAAGGGGCUUCAGGAAGCUCUGCAGUGUGUGCCUUCACUAUGGACCAGGUCGAAAAGGCGUUCAGUGGGCGAUACCGUGAGGUCAACAGAGAGACCCAGCAGUGGUACACUUACAACCACCCCGUGCCAGAGCCGCGUCCCGGAGUGGUGAGUACCUGCCUGCUGACCUCUGGUGGAGAAGUCAGAGCUCUGCAGCUGGGAGUGAAAAAUUCAAGCAAAAGAAAAAAGAAGCGCUGCCGUUUGAGAAGUAAAUGUGUCCACACUUGCCUCUACAGUGUAUCACAAAUGCUCUCAGGGAACAGGGCAUCUCCUCCUCACUGCACAUGCCUGACAAGGUGCUGAACUUUGUCAAAGACCACUUUCUGAUGGACAGCGUCAUCCGCAGCCCUCCUCUCCUUCUGAAACGUAACGUGCGCUACACGCAGAUUGCUGUUCAUCAAGUCAAGACUGCGAAAAAAGCCUAUCAUGUGCUUUUCAUUGGCACAGGUAAUCGCACAAUCACUCAUAAACGCUCAAGCCAGCCCCUUUGUUGUUGUUGUUGAGUGUGAGUUUGAGUCUAAUUCUUGCUUUGUCUUUUAGAUGAUGGGAGGCUUCAUAAAGCGAUUAAUGUCAAAAGCAAGAUGCACAUCAUCGAGGAGAUGGUGCUCUUCCACAACUCCCAACCAGUGCAACACAUUGAGCUGGACACUGAAAAGGUAUAGUAGUGGGUAAUGGGAAAGGCACAUGCUCAGAUAGUUUUACAGAGCGCUCUCAUGAUGAGCAGUAAUAAGAAGCUGAGUAAACUCAUUUAUUGGCAGUUUAGAGGCUCCAUGAGCCAUUAAGAGUCAGAGCCUGAAGCAGAGCUCAUGUUCAAUGAGCUAAUUACACACAGCUCUCUCUCUCUCUCAGGGGAUCUGCAAACAGCUGGCAGCUGGAAUUGUGACACUUCCUUAAGUCAUGGCUCGUCUUUGAUUCCCUGUUUUGAUUUAUACAUUAAGGCCAAAAAAUACUAUGAACUGAAAAGUUAAUUUGCCGAAUUUAAACCAGUAUCACAUCUGGAGUUUUCUGGAUGAACCUCUCAAACUGUAAUUUCUUCCUGUAACCCUGCUCUGUCGUCUCUCCUCUACAGGGUCGUCUUUAUGUUUCCUCUUUCUCUGAACUGGUGGAGGUCCCAGUGGCUAACUGCACAAACUAUCAGAGCUGCGGGGAGUGCAUCCUCUCGAGGGAUCCUUACUGCGUCUGGAACGGGAAGCAAUGCGUGGAUGUGAAACUGGCUGCUUCGAGCAAGUAUGCAUUCCUCUGCACAUUCAUCGACAACAGUUUUGCUGCUCAACUUUAGGCCAAAAAUUCCUCUGAUAUGUAAAUAUAUAAUAAAAAGAGCUUAUAUCUGAACAUUUCUCAUUCAAGUAUGUAUUUGUGUGUGUGUGUGUUUCAGCGCCUGGCAGCAGGAUGUAGAUGAAGCAGACACAUCAGCUAUUUGCAACAAAACAGUGCCGAGCCCACGGCUUGCUAAACCUCCACCUACACGUAAGUGACCUGUUCUCCUACUGAUUGUCAUAAAUUGGCAGAGCUGCAGCACUAUUUUCGCACAUGCUUUGCCACUCAAUUGAAGUCCUAAUCACAUGAUGUCAAUGUAUCAAACUAUUGUUCUUCAGAACACCACAUCAGAGAAGAUGGUACAGCUUUUUUACUUUCAAUAUCUGACCAUCUUGUUUCUGCUUUGCCUUUUCAGGAGUGUCUGCAUGCCAGGCGAUCAUUAUCCCAGCCAACACAUUCAGAGUGCUGCCUUGCAAGCUGCGCUCUAAUUUGGCUGAAAGGAGGUGGGAGUUCAGCGAGAGCGCGGGUCACUUCCAUUACCCCAGCCCAGAAGGGGGGCUAGUAGUGGUCGCUCAGGCUGACAGGCAGGAAACCUAUGAGUGCUGGUCAGUCGAAGAAGGCUUCAAACAGCUGCUGGCAAACUACUGUGUGAGGGGCGAGGCCCGGCAGGAGAGCACCACCCUCACAGGCCGCUCACGUACGCCCCAGAUCUCCCAGGAGGAGUUCAUCAUCCUGCCAGGAGAGGCCCGCUCACCACAGAUCAACACUAAGACCUACUGGAACGAGCUGAUAGUGGUUUGUGCUCUCCUGGCGUUCUCUUUGCUUGUUUUCUCACUCUUUGUGGUCUACAGGCAUCGAGACCACAUGAAGUCCAUACUAAAGGAGGGAGAAUGCCCCAACAUGCAGCAAAAGAAGCCCAGAUUAGUAGGAGGGAAACCGGCUGAGAACUUGCCGCUUAAUGGCAGUACAGUCACAGCGUCAGUGUCAGACCACAAGGGCUACCAGACCCUUAAUGACAACUACAUCUGCAGCACUCCACCGCACGAGUGCUCGUCGCCUGACAACAGCAAGAGCUUCUCCGAGUCGGAGAAGAGGCCUCUGAACUUUAGAGAGAGCCAUGUAGAGAUCUCCCCCACAUGCCCACGGCCUCGAGUCAGACUGGGCUCUGAGAUUAAAGACUCGAUAGUGUGA